AUGGCGAUGACAGCCAUCGAGCCGGGGUCCUCCUCUGGGUCGGAGGACGAGGAGAAGCCGGGCUAUUUUGGCCUGGACGACAGCGACAUGGAUGAAUGGCUGGAGAGCAGCAGCGAGGGGUCACUCAGGGCGCUGGCCGUGGCGCGGCCCCCGCAGCUGAGCAGAGUGCUGACCGCCACUGUGUGGAGGGGCGCGCGCGAAAGCCCCAAUGGAGACGCCUGCAGACCCGUGCCCCCCAACAGGUGGGAUGUGGACACGGGCUGGUUUGAGACGGUGGCGCCUAACAAGCGCUUUGGCAGCUUUGUGGACGGAGUGGAGCUGUUUGACAACGCCUUCUUCGGCGUGCCGCAGCCCGAGGCCGUCGCCAUGGACGCGCAGCAGCGCAUCCUGCUGGAGGCCUCCUAUGAGGCCCUCCAGUUCAGCGCUCCCCGCGAGCUCUCAGGGGACGCUGCGAAGAAUGUGGCGGUGGCGGUGGGCAUUUCCUACACGGAGUACUACCUCAACUCCUCCCACCAGCCGAUGUCCGCCUACACUGCCACCUCUGGCACACUCUCCGUCGGUCCGAGCGUGAGCAUAGACACGGCAUGCUCAUCAUCGCUGGUGGGCGCGCAUCUGGCGUGCAGCAGCUUCCUGGGGCCGGCCUGCCCGCGCGCGCUCGUGGCCGGCGUCAACCUCACGCUGCGCGCCGAGACCACCGCCGUCCUCGCCAAGGCCGGCAUGCUCGCCCAGGACGGACGGUGCAAGACGCUGGACGCUGGCGCGGACGGGUACAUGCGCGGGGAGGCGUGCGUGGUGCACCUCCUCGAGGCCUUCGAGCCCGCUGAGCUGGCGGCGUGCCACCUGGCGCACGGCGCCCUCAUCCUGUACGGCACCGCCGUCAACCAGGACGGGCGCUCCAGCUCUCUCACGGCGCCAAAUGGCCCUUCCCAACAGCAGGUCAUCCGCGCGGCCAUGGCGGCCGGCGACACCGCGGCCGCGCAGCUGGAUAUCCUGGAGAUGCACGGCACCGGCACAGGCCUGGGAGACCCCAUUGAGGUGGGCGCGGCGUUCACGGUGCUGCAGGUCCCAAGAGAGGAGGCGGGUGGAGUGCCGCUGGAACUGCAGGCGGCCAAGUCGCGGCUGCUGCACACGGAGCCGGCGGCUGGCGCGCUGGGGCUGGCCAUGCUGGCGGCGCGUCUGCAGGGCAUGCCCUCCCACCACACCCUCCACCUGCGCUCCGUCAACCCCCACGUUGCUGCUAUCUUCCAGGGCUAUGCGAGCAAGGGAACCUCCAGGGGCUGGCAGGUGCGGCGGGCAGCCUCGGCCAUGCCGACCCGGGAGGGGGCGCGCGCAGGUGUCAGCUCUUUUGCGUACCAGGGCACCAAUUCCCACGUCAUUAUUGGCGGCACCUGCGAUAACCCGGCUCGUGUGGACCUGCGGCAGAGGCAGUGGCAGCGCCGAAGGUUCUGGUUUCAGGUGACGAGUCACCCUCUGCUGUCGAGCGUGCGGAGAGAGGCGUCGGGGCCGGCGGCGGUGGCGGUGCAGGCGCAGCUGGGGCGGCCGGCGGUGGGUUUCCUGUGGGACCACACCGUGCAGGGGCGUACCAUCCUGCCCGGCGCCGCCAUGUGCGAGAUGGCCGUGGCUGCCGGCAAGGUGCUGUUUGGCAUGGAGACGGUGGAGUGCGAGGUGGCGCUGACGUCAGCAGCCAUACCGGCUCCCAUGGUCCUCGAUCUUGGCUCCAGUCCAGUAGCUACCCUGCGAGUCAACGCCCAGACUGGCAUUGCCGAGGUUUUUUCUGGAGGCCAGCCAGCUGGCAGGCAGCUGCUGCACAUGCGCGGGCAGCUGUCCCAGACAUACACCCCUGCCCCACCCCUGACGCUGACUGGAGCAGCAGAUGACAGCUCAGCAGCAAUAAGGACCCCCGCAGCAGGUGAGUCGACGAGCCUUGGUAAGGGGCGGGGGGUCCUCGGUGACGGAGCGGCAGCGGGGGGACCGAGGAGCCAGAUCAGGCGGCCGGGGGUGGUUGCGGGGGUGGAUGCGCGGGGUGGCUGCGCCGAGCAGAGCUUCUGGGUGCACCCGACCGUCGCGGAUGCUGCCAUUCACGCCGGCGCGGCUCUCAGGGGCAGCGACCAGACCGGAAUGUUGGUGUCUGUCUCCAUCGGACAGUAUGGGCCUCGGGCAGCCAUGCAUGGUGACCGUGGCCAUGUCAGCAUACAGCUGGACAGCGAGGCUGCGGAUGGCACAGUGCGCAGCGCACACAGUUUGUUCGAGGCGCCUGGCGGCUCCGUCUUGAGCAUGGGCGACAUAGAGGCCCGACCCUUGUCCAGCAAGGCAGCAGCACCCACAGCUGCCAGAGCAAAGCCCAUCCCAUCAACGCCCUCUCGCCAGGUGGCUGCACCUCCUCAGCCAGUGGCGGACAUUGGUUGGGUGGCUCCUCUGGAGCCAGUCGUGAGCACAAGGCAGCUGAGGCAGCAGCUGCCGCCGGUGUCGGCCGCAUUUGCCGAGACCCUGGCACGGCUGCCGGUGCACAACGCGCUGCCGGACGGCUUUGAUGUGGCCGUGGACGGCUUUGAGGCCUGGGUGAAGCUCCUUCUGCUGGACGCUGUCCAGCGCCUGGGCUUCUUCACUCGCCCGGGGCAGGUGGUCAUUGUUGCUGAGAUGAUGAAGCGGAUCGACGCAAUGCACGGGCGGCUGACGCUAGAGCUGCUGGACAUCCUGUGCGCGGCCGGCUUCAUCCAGUCACAGGCGCCAGGCAGCUACGCGGGCUCAGACCUGCUCGGCAGCGCAGAACUGCUGGCAUCGGUCGCCGACAUCGGCGCGCAGAAGAACAGACUGGAGACUCAGUUGGUGCCAGACCUGGCGUCCAAUGUGGAGCUGGUGUGGGUGUGCAUGCAAGCGCUGCCAGACAUCCUCACAGGCAAGGUGAAGGUGCCGGAUGUGAUGUUUCCGGAGGGGUCACCGCAUUUGGUGGAGCCAAUUUACAAGAACCCAAAGCUUUCGGCGCCCUUCAACGUCCAGUUGGCCGCCGCUGUGCGCACCUAUGUGGAGGACCGACUUCAGGUGAUGCCUGCUGGGCAGAGGGUGAGGAUUGUGGAGGUGGGCUCUGGCUCUGGCGGGACAUCAGUCGUGGUCAUGGCAGCGCUGGCGGAUUUGGGCGACAGAAUAGAGUUCAUCUACACCGACAUCUCACCGCACCUGGUCGCCUACGGGCGCAAGACCUAUGGGCGGGACUUUCCUUUUGCGAGCUUCCGGCUGCUGGAUGUGGAGAAGGAUGUUGAGCCCCAGAAGUAUGCGCUGGGAUCCUAUGACAUCCUCUUCGCUACCAACGUGCUGCAUGCCACUCGCGACAUGGAGACAACAAUCCAGAACUGCAAGGCGCUGCUGCGCAAGGGCGGCCUGCUCAUAGCCAACGAGCUCACCACAAAGACGGAGUUCCUGACGCUCACCUUUGGCCUUACUGACGGCUGGGAGGGCUGGACAGAGCUGCUGAUGAGCCAAGGCUUUGACAGCGUGGUGCUAGCCGGAGCUGCCACGGCGGCGACCCGGCUGCUGUCAAGGCAGACAGUGGUGGCGGGGCUCAGCGACGGAGCUGUGCGCAUAUUUGAGAAGGAGGACGACCCUGUUAGGAUGCAGCUGCCGGACGCCACCUCACCCCUGCCCCCGAUGGACGACACAGAUGAGGCUCUGGAGGGCGCGGUGCGGCGCUUUGAGGAGUGGUGCCGGCUGCUAUUAUUGGACGCGGUGCAGCGCGCCGGCUUCUUCCGGCCGGCCGGCCAGCGCGUCGCCACGGCCGACAUCGUGUGGUUGAACAAGCGCGCCGCGGGAGCCGCCGGGCACGCGCGCAUGGUCGAGGCCGCCCUGGACAUCCUUCUGAGUGGGGACUGGACGGCCACAGAGCUUGUGGAUGACGCCGCGACAAAGGCCGGCAUCGCGCGCCUGGAGGAGAUGGCGGCUGAGCUGUCCAGCGGAGCCGCCUCGCCGAUAGCCACCAACAUCCGCUUGAUCGGCGUGUGCAUGCGCGCAUUCCCCGACAUCUUGACAGGCAAGGUGAAGGUGACGGAUGUGAUGUUCCCCGGCGGUACACCUGAGCUGGUGGAGCCCAUCUACAAGAACGAGAUACUCUCAGCGCCCUUCAAUGAGCAGCUGGCCGCAGCCGUGCGCGCAUAUGUGCAAGACCGGCUUCAGAGGGUGCGAAUUGUUGAGGUUGGCUCGGGAUCUGGCGGGACAUCAGCCGUGGUCAUGGCUGCUCUGGCGGAUCUAGGGGAGAAGAUUGAAUUUGUAUACACUGACAUCUCUCCACAGCUGGUCGCAUACAGCCGAAAGACCUAUGGGCCCACAUAUCCUUUUGCCACCUUCAAGCUCCUGGACGUGGAAAAGGACACCGAGGACCAGGGAUACAAGCUGGGAGUCUACGACGUCCUCUUUGCCACGAACGUGCUGCAUGCCACGCGGGAGAUGGGCAACACGCUGCAGCACUGCAAGGCGCUGCUGCGCAAGGGCGGGCUGCUGAUCGCCAACGAGCUGUCCACAAAGACUGAGUUCCUGACGCUCACAUUUGGCCUGACCGACGGCUGGUGGCUGUACGAUGACGUGGAGCGCCGCAUCCCCGGCUCACCCAUCCUCAGCAGGGAUCUGUGGAGAGAGCUGAUGGCAGAGCAGGGCUUUGGGGCGGCCGUGAUUGCGGGCGAGGCGGCGGAUGCGCGGUGGCUGCUGUCGCGCCAGUCUGUUGUGGUGGGCGUCAGUGAUGGCAGCAUCUUGGCCAAGCUGCGCCCGACGCAGCCAGUCAGCCUCCCCUCCGACCUACCCCCGAUGCACCCCCAGCUUCUCGGCAGCUUCCACAGCUUCCCGCUUCGCAACAGCCUGCCCCAAGGCUUUAAUGCGGCGGUGGCAGACUUUGAGCGCUGGGUGUGCCUUCUGCUGCUGGACGGCAUGCAGCGGGCCGGCCUGUUCAGGACGCUGACUGAGGCCCACACGCUGGACAGCCUCAGGGGCCGCGUUGCGUCAGACUAUGCGCGAUUCAUUGCCGAAGCUCUGGCCAUCCUGAAGCAGCAUGGGUUUGUGGAGCUGGGUGCGGGUGGAGAGUACACAGCGACCGAAAGUAUCAGCAGCCCAGAAACCGCAGCCAUCCUUGCAGACCUGGACGGCUAUGGGCAGCACUUGGCCGAGGGCGCUGCUGAGCCUCUCGCCACCAACAUCAAGCUGGUGUCAGUCUGCAUGCGCGCCCUGCCAGAACUCCUGUUGGGCAAGGUGAAGGUGACGGAUGUGAUGUUCCCCGGCGGUUCACCUGAGCUGGUGGAGCCCAUCUACAAGAACCCGCUCCUCUCAGCGCCCUUCAACGAGCACCUGGCCGCCGCCGCGCGUGCCUAUGUCCAAGACCGGCUGCAGGUGAUCCGAUCAGAUCAGAAAGUCCGAAUCGUGGAGGUUGGCUCGGGCUCUGGUGGGACAUCAGUGGUGGUCAUGGCAGCGCUGGCGGAUUUGGGCGAGAGAAUAGAAUUCGUGUACACGGACAUCUCGCCACAGCUGGUCGCCUACGGCCGCAAAACAUACGGGCCCACGUAUCCGUUCGCCACCUUCAGGCUCCUGGACGUGGAAAAAGACACUGAGGAUCAGGGCUUCGGCAUUGGCCAAUAUGACAUCCUCUUUGCCACGAACGUGCUGCAUGCCACGCGGGAGAUGGGCAACACUCUGCAGCACUGCAAGGCGCUGCUGCGCAAGGGCGGGCUGCUGAUAGCCAACGAGCUGUCCACCAAGACCGAGUUCCUGACGCUCACAUUCGGCCUGACCGACGGCUGGUGGCUGUACGAUGACGCGGAGCGCCGCAUCCCCGGCUCACCCAUUCUAAGCAGGGAGGGAUGGAAGGCGCUGAUGCUGGAGCAGGGCUUUGAUCCGGCGCUGUGCGUGGGCGAAGCAGAUCAGGCGCUGCCGGCUCUGCUGUGCCGCCAGUCGGUCGUGCUGGGCGUCAGUGACGGCCGCGUCAUGGCCAAGCCGCCGCCCACCAAGCCCGCGCAGCUGCGCGCCACCAUGCCGCAGCUUCCACAGCAGCUGCUGGACGGCUUCCGAGACCUGCCCCUGCGCAACGACCUCUUCACCGGGUUUGAUGCGACAAUAGUGGAGUUUGAGGAGUGGGUGGGCCUGCUGCUGCUGGAGGCGCUGCAGCGUGCCGGCUUCUUCCGGGCGGCUGGCCAGCGCCACACCGCGGCCGACAUGCGCGCGGCCGUCCGCCCCGACUUCUCCCGAUUCAUCGCCGAAACCGUCGACCUCCUGCGCAAUGCUGGCAAGCGCACCUGGUAUGUUGAGGAGGCUCAGCCGGGCGAGUUUGUGGCGACAUCAGCGGUGAGCAGCGCAGCCACUGUUGCAGAGCUGGGCAGCCUGAAGGAGACCGGCAAAGCACUGGCGAACGGCGCGGCUGCAGCCAUCGCCACCAACAUCAAGCUGCUUUCAGCCUGCAUGGAGGCCCUGCCAGACCUGCUAUCGGGCGAGGUGAAGGUGACGGAUGUGAUGUUCCCUGGGGGAUCGCCUGAGCUGGUGGAGCCCAUCUACAAGAACGAGAUACUCUCAGCGCCCUUCAAUGAGCAGCUGGCCGCAGCCGUGCGCGCCUACGUGCUGGAUCGCAUGCAGGUGCUGCCCGCCGGGCAGCGGGUGCGCAUUGUGGAGGUGGGCUCGGGAUCUGGGGGGACAUCGGUCGUGGUCAUGGCAGCACUGGCAGAGUUGGGCGAGCGUGUUGAGUUUGUGUACACGGACAUCUCACCGCAGCUGGUUGCCUACGGGCGCAAGACCUACGGGCCCACUUACCCAUUUGCCACCUUCAGGCUCCUGGAUGUGGAGAAGGAUGUUGAGCCCCAGGGGUAUGGCAUCGGGCGUUAUGACAUCCUCUUUGCCACCAACGUGCUGCAUGCGACGCGCAACAUGGAGGUCACCAUUCAGAACUGCAAGGCGCUGCUGCGCAAGGGCGGCCUGCUCAUAGCCAAUGAGCUGUCUGCCAAGACUGAGUUCCUGACGCUCACUUUUGGCCUCACGGAAGGCUGGUGGCUCUACGACGAUGGCUUCAGCAGCGUGCUAGUGGCCGGUGAAAACAAGCCGGCGCCCGCGCUGCUGUCCCGGCAGUCAGUCAUUGUCGGGGUGAGCAACGGCGCCAUCCGCAUCGCGAGACAUAAGAGCAAGAAGGCGGCUCCUGCUUCCAAAGCAGCCGCAGCUGCCGCCGUCACACCGAGCCAUGCAGCUUCCCAGACCUCUCGUGCACCUCCAGCCACCGCCUCUGUUGUGCAGGAGUUGCAGGCGCUGCUGAGCGGCCUUGUGGGAAGCCCAGUGCCAGCAGAUCAACCCCUGAUGGAGGCGGGACUGGACUCCAUCGGAGCGGUGGAGCUGCGCAAUGCAGUCAGCGAGAGAUUUGGCAUCGAGCUGCCGGCCACCGUCACCUUUGACUACCCCACCGCCGCUGACCUGGCACGCUUUGUUGUGCAGCGCUCAGCCCCUGCUGCUGUCACUGCUGGGGAGCAGCCAUCUGCAACCUUCCAGGCAAGACUCCUGACAGGGCAGCAGCAGCAGGCAGGCGUCUCUCAUGCGGCUGUAGCAGAGCAAUUGCAGGCCUCUAUCAGCGAGCUGCUGGGCUUCACAGUGCCUCUUGACCAGCCGCUGAUGGAGGCCGGCCUGGACUCUAUUGGCGCUGUGGAGCUGCGCAACGCAGUCAGCACCAAGUUCGGCAUCGAGUUGCCCGCCACUGCCACCUUUGACUAUCCCUCCGCGGAUGCGCUGGCCCGUUAUGUUGUUGGGCAGACUGCGACUGCGGGCCAGUCCUUUGGGCAGCAGCAGCCAAGACAGGCUCUUGAACAGCCCAUGGUGGAUCAGAGGCACAUUGCUGCGCAGCUGGCUGCCACGGUCAGUGAAUUGCUUGGCUUCGAGGUGCCUGCUGACCAGCCGCUGAUGGAGGCCGGCCUGGACUCGAUUGGAGCGGUGGAGUUGCGCAAUGCAGUGACAGCCAAAUUUGGCGUCGAACUCCCGGCCACCGUCACCUUUGACUACUCUUCAGCCACCGCACUGGCAGGCUUCAUCGCCAGCAAGACAGCCGCCCCGGCUGCUUACAGCGGCAGGGAAGGGGACGCUUGGGCUCAGCCCACCAUGGUGUCUGUGCCAAUGCCCAGCAGUGGAACGUUUGUGCAGCAGAUCGCAGACGAUCUUCUGAGCGUCGUGACAGGGCUGCUUGGGGUGGAGGUUUCAAAGGACCAGCCUCUUAUGGAGGCGGGCCUGGAUUCCAUCGGAGCGGUGGAGCUGCGCAACUCUGUCAGUGCCAAGUUUGGCGUGGAGCUGCCGGCAACGGUCACAUUUGACCAGCCCACAGUGCAGGACUUGGCCCAGUUCCUCGCUAGCCGGGUUGCGCCGCCGGCCGGGCAAUUUGCCGUUGGGGCGGUGACCCACGCCCUCCAGACCGGCCCGGACACUCGCGCCCUCACCGACAGCAUCACCCAGGAUCUGUUGGAGCUGGUGUCGGGCCUGCUGGGCUCCGGCAUAAGCGGGGACGAGCCGCUGAUGGAAGCCGGCCUGGACUCCAUCGGAGCGGUUGAGCUGCGCAACUCUGUGACCGCCAAAUUCGGCGUGGAGCUGCCGGCGACGGUCACCUUCGACCACCCCUCGGUGGCGGCCCUGGCUGAGUUUGUGGCUGGCAAGGUGUGGCAGGCAGGGCCGAGGCAGGCGCUCACCACGGACGUGGUGGGAUUGUCAAGCGUCAUGGCGUCGUCUUCAAGGGGCGGCGAGGAUUUCGCCGCAUGCAUGCUCGGGGCGGUGGAUCUGCCGGUGUCGAUCCCCCUGGAGCGCUGGGAGGUCGACGCCGGCACGGGUGCCAGCGCGGAGGUGGUGCAGAGCAACAUGCUGCGCUUUGCCGCGCUGGCCGACGGCGUUGACUCGUUCGACGCGGCAGCCUUCCGGCUCGCGCCGGCCGAGGCGGCCGCCAUGGACCCGCAGCAGCGCAUCCUGCUCGAGCAGACCUACGGCGCCCUGCAGGAGUACCAGGUGUUGCUGGAGCACGCGCGCGUGGCGCCCUCCGUCGCCGUGCUCACCGGCUCCGGCAUGAACUUCAUGGUCGGCCGCGUCUCCUACACCUUCGGCCUCCAGGGGCCGUGCAUCGGCAUGGACACGGCGUGCUCGUCCUCGCUGGUAGCAACACACCUGGCGCACCGAGGGCUGCUGGACGGCGAGACCACCGCGGCGCUGGCGGCUGGAGUCAACCUGAUCCUGGUCCCGGACACUUCGCGGCACAUGGCUCAGCUGGGCGCGCUGUCGCCGACUGGCCGCUCCAAGAGCCUGGACGCGGCGGCUGAUGGCUACGGCCGCGGCGAAGGCUGCGUUGCGGGGCGCUCCAGCGGCCUGACGGCCCCAAAUGGCCCAGCGCAGACUGCGCUGAUCCGCACAGCGCUAUCCGUGGCCGGCCUUACUCCGCGUGACGUGGCGCUGGUCAGCCUGCACGGCACUGGAACGCCCCUGGGCGACCCCAUCGAGGUCGGCGCGCUCGGCCAAGCUUUCGCGGCCGGAGCAGGACCCCCCUCAACCCUCACUCUCGGCUCUGUGAAGGCGUGCUUUGGGCACACGGAGGGCGCGGCCGGCAUCCACGGCGCGCUGCUGGCAAUCAUGGCGGUGCAGAACUCUGCGGCGCCUCCGAUCAUGCACUCGCGCAGCCUCAACACAUACGUGCAAAAUGCCAUCACGGACUGGAAAGCCUCCUGCAACCUCACCGCCGUUGUGCCCAAGGAAGCCUCUGUUCUACCAAAGGCAAGGCCAAUGAUGGCAGCGGGCGCCAGCUCCUUUGGCAUGAGCGGUGUGAACGCGCACGGCCUGUUCCUGACCCCGAGGCAGCUGAAGCAUGCGCGCACGGACGUGACAUGGCAGCACGUGCGCCACUGGAUGGUGCCCCAAGCCCACCACAUGCUCGACUCUGUCAUCUGCAGCCGCUCAGAAGCCACCUGCAGGUUCACAAUGCAGCUGGCGUCGAGCGCGCUGGGCUAUCUCCUGGACCACAUCGUGGCGGGGCGUUCCCUUCUGCCGGGCGCCGCCAUGUUCGAGAUGGCGGCGGCUGCUGGCCGCACGGCGUCCGAUGCGGCUGCCGGAAGGGACGUUGGCCUUCUGGAUGUGGCCAUCCCCGCGCCGGUGAUUCUGCAGGUCGGCGCUCGGCAGAGCGUGGAGUGUGUCAUGCACUGGGGCAGCGGUAGCGUCCAGCUGCAGAGUACUGCCCCCUCGGGGCAAGGGCGGUCAACGUGCCUGAAGGCUUCCUUCGGCGCUGUGUCGAGCAGCGGCAGUGCCAGCGAGGCUGAACCACAAACCACAAUCUCCAGCCAUCCGCUGGCGCGAGUGCUGCACCCCGUGGUGGUGGCGGCUCUGCAGGCCAGCGAGCCGGCCAUGUACAUGUGCACGGCGGAGGUGAGCUUGGAGCGGCAGCAGAAGGGGUCCGGCUACAUCGCGCACCCGGCCGUCACCGACAACUGCAUGCAGCUGGGGCCCAUGACUGGCGCCCUGGAAGCUGCAGCCAGCAGCGCCGCUCCUAAGAACACCACCCGAGUUGUUGCCGGCCUAGCUGCCUUCCUGGCCAGGCGAGGACCUGGUGUGUAUCUUGAAAUGAACUUCAGGCCCUACCCCAAGAGGGGAGCUGCUUGGGCUGCGCUGCAGCGAGCGCCUGAGCGCGCAGAUGGCAGCAUAAACUCCAAUCACUGGCUCUCUGGCGCCAGCAGCUCUGUGCUCACCAUCUCAGACCUGCAGGCCAAGGAGGUGAGUCAGCAGGCAGCCAAGACGCCUGCCAGCGCUGCAGCAGCUUCAGCGGAGCAGGAUGCGCGGCAGUGCAUUUACGAGACAGACUGGCAGGUCAGCGAGCCUCUGGCGCCACACAGCACCACUGCACCAAGCAAGCACAGAGGCAGCAUGCUGCUGUGGGCCAGCCGCCAGUCUAAUGUGCAGCUGGCAGCCCCCUUACAUGCUGGCCUGCUGAUUGGUCACGAGGCUGCAGCCGCCACGCUGGCCACUGUCCGCCAGGCACAGGUCUUGCAACAUGUUCUCUCAUCUCCAGGAGGUGAGGCAAAGCUGGUCACGCGGGGCGCGCAAAGCGUGGGCAGCGGGCCGCACGGAUCCGCGGCUCCGGGGGCGAUGCUGCGCGGUGCGCUGGGCACGUCUGCGAUGACGAUGCUGCGUGUGGCGUCCGUGGAGAGCCCUGCCUGGUCCUGGGGCAGCACGGAUGCCUCCGACGCCGCGCUGCAUGGGUCAGCAAUGACAAAUGCGCCCGCAGCUGAUGCCCACUGCAUCUCUCUGCAGGGCAAUGCAUGGGUUGCUCCAAGGCUGCUGACGACUCAGCAGCCUCUCCUGGACCAGCAGGCCGCACCAGCUGCGGAGCCGCAGCAAGCCUGCACGGGCACCGUCAUCAUCACAGGCGGCGUAGGAUCUGUGGGGUCCCUGAUAGCGACCUGGCUGACUCAGCACACGCCGGCCUCGCUCAUACUGCUCGGCCGCUCCGGCCGCCUCGCCAAGGACUCCGCCCUGACGGCCGCAUCCUUCGGCGACGCCUGCGUCACAAUCGCGCGCAGCGAUGUUGCGGCUGCGGAGGAAGCUGCUUAUACGCUACACGCUGCUCGCAUGCAUGGCCAGACCCUGCAGGCACGCACCCUCUACCCCUCUCUACCAAGGGGUGCAAAUUAUAAAGGACAUGGAGUGCUGCAUGCGGGUGCCGUGCUGGACUCGGGAGUGAUUGGCAACAUCACAGCAGCCGGCGUGCGCACAGAGUUCUCGGGCAAGGUGCACGGCGCAUGGAGCCUCAUGGCGCGCACAGGAGAGGCGCCUCUGCGAGCACUGAAUCUGUUCUCCUCGCUCGCGGCCUUCAGCGGCUCCGGCGGCCAGGGCAGCUACGCGGCAGCCAACGCCGCGCGGGGCGUUCCCGGGACGGCGGUGCAGUGGGGCGCGUGGGGCGGCAGCGGCAUGGCGGUGACAGUGGCGGGCUUCAUGGAGAGAAUGGCGCGCCUCGGCCUCGGCAUCGUGCGCCCGACCGUCGGCCUCUCCGUCCUCGCGCAGGUCCUCAACUCGGCCUGGCAGCCGGCCGCAGCGCAGCGCGCCCUCUUUGUCGGCAAUGUCUUCCUGUGGGACAAGCUCCUGGCGACACAGAAGGAGCCAGCGCCCAUCCUGGGAGAGUUCAUGCGCGCGCUCCCACCGGCAGCCGCCACGCUGAAGAAACCUGUGAGAGCAGCGGCUGCUGCCGGCAGAGGGCAGAAAGCCGGCGCAGCCAGACCACAGGUGGCUGCAUCGGCUGCGCAGACCCUUUCCAUUCAGAAGGCUGUGGCUGCAGCUGCAAGCGCCAUCAUGGGCACAGAGGUGCCGGCAGACCAGCCGCUGAUGGAGGCCGGCCUGGACUCCCUCGGCGCAGUUGAUCUACGCAAUGCGCUGAGCACCCAGUUCUCGGUCGACCUGCCCUCAACCGUCACCUUCGACUACCCCACCGUUCCGGCGCUGGCCGCCUACAUGUCCACCCUUCUGCCCCAAGAACCCCAGGAGGACGCCAGCAAUCUUGACUCCCCUGCACAAGCCCACAUUGAUGGCGCUGCUAUCAGGGCUCAAGUUGCAGCUGCGGUUGCCAGCAUCAUGGGAGCCUCUGUGCCAGAGGACCAGCCGCUGAUGGAGGCCGGGCUGGACUCUCUGGCCGCAGUGGAUCUGCGCAACGCUCUGGGCAAUCAUUUUGCUCUGGAGCUGCCGGCCACGUUCACCUUUGACCACCCGACGGUGGCGGCCAUGGCGGCUUACAUUGGCGCGAGCGUCGCGCCGGAGGCGGCGGCUGCCGCGCAGCCGCACUGGCGUGACAACGCCCUCGUGCAGCAUGACUUUGGGGCGGCCACCUCCGCCGCUGUGCAGCUCGUUGGCCUGUCCUGCGUCUACCCAGGCCCACAGGAGGAGAGCGGGCCAGGAGGUUUCUGGGCAAAGGCGGCGCGCGGCGCGGAUCGGCAGACGGUGAUUUCACUGGAGCGCUGGGCGCUAGAGCGCUGCUACUCGCCCGACGUGGCCGUGGACAAAAUGUAUGCACGCUUCGCCGGCUUCAUCCCCGACGUGGAGUCCUUCGAUGCAGCCGCCUUCCGGCUGUCGGCGAGCGAGUCGGCGGUGAUGGACCCGCAAGGGCGCCUGCUGCUGGAGCAGAGCGGCCUGGUGCUGGCCGACGCGGGCGGACGCCUCGGGGAAUCCGUCGCAUCGGAUGCCGGCGUGUACGUGGGCGUCAUGCACAUGGAGUACAUCCAGUACAUGACAGGGCUUGGGGUACAAGUCACACCCAACGUGUCGACAGGCAACGGCAUGGAUUUUCUUAUCGGCCGGGUGUCUUACACGUUCGGGCUGACUGGACCCUGCGUCAGCACGCACACCGCCUGCUCCUCAUCGCUGGUGUCCACUCACCUGGCGGUCCAUGGCCUGAACGCGCGCGACUGCAGCAGUGCCCUGUCUGCAGGGGUGUUCCUGGUCCUGCUGCAAGGCACCAUGGCCGGCAUCUGCCAGCUACAGGCACUGUCGCCGGUGGGCCGCUGCAAGACAUUCGAUGCAUCGGGAGACGGCUACGGCCGCGGCGAGGGCUGCGCGGUCGCCGUGCUCAAGCAGGCGGCGCCCGGAGAGCUGCCGGCUCUGGCAGUGCUCACGGCCACAGCCACCAACCAGGACGGCCGCUCCAGCAGCCUCACUGCCCCCAAUGGGCCAUCCCAAAGCGCCCUCAUAGCCUCUGCACUGCGCAGCGCAGGUCUUGGUCCGGGCGAGCUGGGCUUUGUGGCUGUGCAUGGCACCGGGACGCCUUUGGGGGAUCCGAUUGAGGUUGGCGCUCUGGGACAGGCGAUCACCAACAGGGGGAGUGAAGUCGCUGCUCAGGUGACGCUGGGCAGCGUCAAGUCCUGCUAUGGGCACACUGAAGGCACAGCCGGGCUGACAGGCGCUCUACUGGCUAUUCAGACUCUGCAUAACCAGGGAGCUGCGCCUGUGAUGCACUUGCGCAACAUGAACACCUAUGUGGCCUCUGCCCUGGGCGACUGGAGCAAAUCACACCAUCUGCAGCCCAGCGUCCCCCUGCAAGCCGCCCCUCACCCCUCCGCCACUCCUCAGCUCAAAGCAGCCGGCACGAGCUCGUUCGGCAUGAGCGGGGUCAAUGCGCAUGCGAUCUUCACAGCGGCGCCGGAGACGGCGCACGUGCAGGCGGAAGGCUCCGUGCGAUACCAGCGGCAGCGCUGCUGGGCCGUGGCAGCACCGCACCACCUAUUGGGCCCGGCACGGCCCGGCAGGGAGCGGUGCAGCUUUUUGCUGGACCUGCUCAAGCCCGAGCUGUCCUACCUGGGAGACCACCAGGUGAACGGCCGCCUCAUUGUGCCGGCGGCAGUCAUGCUGGAGCUGGCGAUGGCGGCAGCGGCCACGCUGGCAGAGGGAGCCGCCACGUCAGCGCUGACAUCAGUGAGCAUCUCCGCGCCGCUGCUGCUGCCUGAUCUGGAGCGCCACUCCCUGCUCGAGGUGGCUGUCGGGCACUCGGAUGGCGCUGUGGAGGUGCGCUCGGCCGCUGCCGGCGCCGGCCGCGGGCGGCAGCUGCACUGCCGCAGCACCGCUGCACGCCUGGCACCCCCAACCUUGGCUGGGGAGACGCUCACUAGCACACGGUCGCCGCUUAUUGAGCUGCUGCCGCAGCUAAGCACGCCUGUUGCCCAGCCGCCUGCAGUGAUCGCGGCCCAGGCGAUCGAUGCGCAGCGCCACCUGUCCGGCUACCGGCUCCACCCGGCGCUUACAGACGCCACGCUGCACCUGUCGGCCGCGGCCCUGCCGGCAGCCGGCGACGGCCCCGCCAAGGGGCCGACAAGAGUCCCCUCGGGGCUGGCGGCGAUCCUUGUCAGCCCACUGCACGGCUGUACAACGGCGUUCCCGGUGGCGCAGCCGCAGCCGCCGUCGGCGGACGGCUCGGUGCUGUGCAACUACCGCAUGGCGUCCGCGCAGGGCUGCUCCCUGCAGCUGUGCGACCUGCUCGCCAAGGAGCUGGCUGCCGCGCCGGUGGCGGCACCGGUCCGCGAGUCUGCAGCCCUGGAUGGCGUGCCAGAGGCUGAGCUACUGUACGAGACGCAGUGGCAGGCAGCGGGGAGUUCAACGGCGAGACCACUUCAAUGUGCGGAUGCUGUCUUCGCGCUUGGCGAGGCAGUCCCCAGGGACUCUCCCACUGGAAUCCCUAUAGUGGGGUACAUGGGCAAGAGAAGGGAGCUGGAUGGUUUUUCUGGGAGCUUCUCGGACCUUCCUGCCAGGUCGGCGAGGGUCACCGCGCAAAUGAGAGCAGCUCAGGGAGGCAACGUCGUUGGCGCAGUCUCGCGCAUGCUGCAGCUCUGGCAGGAGGCCGCUCCCAGGCUGGCGGGCGGAGCGUUGCACCUGAUUACUCCCGGCGCGGCGCACAGCGCGGCUGGAAUCCCGGAGGGCGGAGUGGCUGCGGCUGCCCUCGCAGCGCUGAUGAGGGUAGCUGCGACUGAGAACCCCGGUGUCUCCAUUACGGGAUCCGAGCAAGCUCUUGCUCUGCCAGCUCACGCCCAUAAGGCUAAUGGAGCAGCAGGCGCCAAUGGAGCAUUUGGGGAGGCGCUGCGGGGGGGCGUGCAGAUGCAGGCGCGGCUGGUGCGCAGCAGCAGUCACACGCGAUCGCCGGACUGCCACAUUGUGCCCUGCCCCCGCGGCGCCCUUAGCGACCUCAGGGCUGUCCCCCUGGACAAGGCCUCACCCGGCCCAGGAGAGAUCAAGGUGACGGUGCGCGCGAUAGGGCUGAACUUCCGUGACGUGCUGAACAUUCUGGGCAUGUACCCUGGGGAUCCGGGUCCCCCCGGCGGCGACUGCUCUGGCAUCGUGGCCGCCGUUGGCCCCGGAGUGACAAGCGUGGCGGUGGGAGAGGAGGUGUUUGGAGUGGCGCCUGGCUGCUUCGGCCCCUCGGUGGUUGUGCCGGAGCAGCUGGUGGUGGCCAAGCCCCCCAGCAUCAGCUUUGAGGAGGCCGCCACCACGCCAACCGUCUAUGUUACCGUCUUUGCUGCCUUUGGGGACCUGGACACUUUUAACCCAAAGACCAAGGUGCUGGUGCAUGCGGGCACGGGCGGCGUGGGUCUCGCGGCCAUCAACGUGGCGCGGGCGAUGGGCUGCCGCGUCUUCUCAACGGCUGGCAGCGCCCAGAAGCGCUCCCUGCUGCGCUCCCUUGGCGCACAGGCCGCCGCUUCCUCCCGCGACACCGACUUUGUCGACGUCAUGGCCUACCGCGCAGGGCCGGUGGAUGUGGCGCUGAAUUCGCUGACAUCACCUGCCAUGGUGGCAGCCACGCUGGCGAGCCUGUCGCUGGGCGCGCGCAUGGCCGAGAUUAGUAAGCGCGACAUCUGGUCCCCCCAGCGCGUCGCCCAGGAGCGGCCCGACGUCGCCUACAAAUUCGUCGCCAUCGACUUCCUGCCCCCUGCGGUCCUGAACAGCUCCUUCAGGCGGUUGUCGGCGAUGUUGGCGUCCGGAGCGGUGCAGCCGCUGCAGUCCCUCGUGUACGACUUUUCCUCGAUCGUCACAGCGCUGCGCCAGUUCUCGCACGCGCGGCACAUCGGCAAGAUCGUCGUGCGCGUGCCGCCGGCUGCUCCGGCCGCCGACGGCGGCGCCGGGCGGCCGGCCGAGGCGUGGGCCGUCACCGGGGGCUUGGGCGCGCUCGGGGCCAUCACCGCAGAGUGGCUGGUGGGCCAGGGCGCCAAGCAUGUCCACCUCCUGGGCAGGACCGGCCGCUGGAGCGGGCAGCCCACAGGGUUCCUGGAGGACGUGGUGAGCGGGCGCUGCGCGGCGUGCGUGACGGCCGUGCGAUGCGACACGGCCAGCGCUGACGAGGCGGCCGCCGUUCUCGGCUCAGGCGCUCGCCGCUUGGGCGUGCCCCCCAUCACCAGCGUCAUCAACUCUGGCGGCGUCCUGGCCGACGCCAUUCUGACCUCCCAGACAGCCGGUCAUGUGCGGCAGUCCUUUGCGCCAAAGCUGGCAUCGGCAGAAGCAAUGUCCGCUGCGAUGGUGAGCCUGCCGCUGCGGGCGACAGUGCUGUUCUCAUCGACCGCGGCGCUGUUCGGCGCUCCCGGCCAGGGCAACUAUGCGGCCGCCAACGCCGCGCUGGAGGCCUGGGCUGCCCGCCGGGCAGCCACCGGGCAGCAGGCCGUCGCUGUGCAGUGGGGCGCGUGGGCCGCAGGUAUGGCCAACGACGCUGCAACUCUGGCAAGGAUCAAGCGUUCGGGGCUGGGAGUUCUGGCACCUGCCUCUGGGCUGCAGGCGUUGUCAGCAGUGCUGUCAAGCUCUGCUGGUGGAGGCGCCAGCACCUUUGCGGCCGCGCCAGUCUUCUGGGAUAUCCUUCUGCGUGGCAAGCAGGCGCCGCCUUUCUUCUCGGAGUUUGCGCCCGCCCUGCUGGAGGCUGCAGCCAAGCCGAGCGGCCAGGCGAGGCCACAGCAAAAGGCGGCCGGCAGAAGGAAGGGCAAGGCAGCGCGAAAACCCAGGAGAGAGCAGGAGGCAAAGAAUGUUUCCGGCAAGGCUACCACUUCGGCAGAGUCGUUAGUUGCAGAGGUGAUCGCAGUGGCCCAGAACGUUAUGGGCAUUGCUGUGGAACCAGAGCAGCCGCUGAUGGAGGCCGGGCUGGAUUCUCUUGGAGCCGUGGAGCUACAAAAUGCUCUAGGCACCAAGGUUGGCGCCGAGCUGCCGGCCACACUCACCUUUGACUACCCCACGCCUGCCGCCAUCGCUGGCUUCCUUGCAGGUCAAGCGCUUCCAGUGCCAGUAGAGGAGCAGGCUUAUUGGAGCAGCGAAGAAGAAGAUCGGCCGCGCAAAAUUGCUCCCAAGCGCAGAGCGAGAGCAACAAUGCCAGACAGGCGCGCCCAGCAGCAGAGAGAGGCACCGAGCAAGGCCGCCAUGGCUGCAGAAGUAACAGCAGUCGUUCAGAGCGUGCUCGGCUUUGCGCCGUCUUCAGACCAGCCGCUGAUGGAGGCCGGGCUGGACUUGGGAGCAGUGGAGCUGCGCAAUGCACUAGGCGCCAAAUUUGGCUUGGAGCUGCCUGCCACAAUCACACUUGACUUCCCCUCGAUCGCUGCGCUCGCCGCACAUCUCGCCAGCAUUGCCACGUCGGCGGAUGAUGUCAUCGGCGCCGAUGAGGUCGCCAGCUACGCGUCCUCUGUCUCAUACUCCCACGAGCUACAGGUGUAUGAGGACAGCGAGGCGGCUGCGGCGGUGGGAGUCACGGCGGUGGCGGGCCUGCUGCCGAGCGUGGCGCCGGGGCUGCCGGGCUGCGACGCGCCGCGGCUGGUGCCCCUGGAACGCUGGGACGUGGACGACGUGCAGCGCGGAUCUUCCGUGCCCCUGGAAGCCAGGUUUGGCGCGUUCGUGGACGGCGCAGACGCCUUUGACGGCACCAUCUUUGGCAUCUCGAGGCCGGAGGCGGUGCACAUGGAUGCCCAGCAGCGGCUGCUGCUGGAGAAGUCGUGGGAAGCGCUGCAGGCUGCACCGGCCGGCGCAUAUGACAGCGCGAGGACGGCCGUCAUAGUGGGCAUCGGCACCGUUGACUACACCUCCAUGUCCUCGCAUCUCGGCGUGGGCAUCUACGUUGCCACAGGGGGCGCCACGAGCGUGGCGGCCGGCCGGAUAUCGUACAUGUUUGGGCUGAAGGGCGCGUGCCUGAGCAUCGACACGGCGUGCUCGUCCUCGCUGGUGGGCGCGCACUACGCGGCGCGCGACAUAGCAGCCGGCGACUGCGACCGCGCGCUGGCCGCCGGCGUCAACCUCACUCUCAGCCCCGGGAAGACCUCCGCCUUCGCCAUCACAGGCAUGCUUGCGCCAGACGGGCGGUGCAAGACGCUGGACGCGGCCGGGGACGGCUACGUGCGCGCAGAGAACUGCAUCGUGCUGCUGCUGGAGUCCCUCCUGGACGGAACACUCGCCUCCGCCAUUGUGCAGGGCUCCGCAGUCAAGCAGGAUGGUCGCUCCAGCAGCCUGACAGCCCCCAAUGGCCCCUCGCAGCAGGAAGUGAUUCGGGCGGCGCUGGCAUCGGGCGGCCUGGCCCCGGCACAGCUGGCAGCGCUGGAGAUGCACGGCACCGGCACCGCCCUCGGCGACCCCAUCGAGAUGGGCGCCGCCUGCGCCGUCCUGCAGGCAAGACAUGGUGUGCGGCGGCCGGUGAGCAUAGCGGCGGCCAAGUCAGCGCUGGGGCAUGCGGAGGCAGGUGCCGGCGCGACGGGCAUGCUUCGCACCAUCGCGCGGCUGAGUGGCGGGGCCGCCAAGGCGCUGACUCACCUGCGCACAGUCAACCCCCACGUGGCCAGCAUCCUGGAUGCCGGCAAGUGUCCAGUCAGCCUUCCCAAACAGGACGGCCCCGGGCACUGCACCGGCGACCUCUGCAUGGGCAUCAGCUCAUUCGCAUUCCAGGGUACCAAUGCGCAUUUGAUCCUAAGAGAAGAAGCGGAUCUGGACAUCACAGCAGCAGGCGCCGCAGCGGCACCGGCAUGGCAACGCCGCCGCUUCUGGCACUCGCCAGCGCCUCAUGCGCUGCUGCACAGGGCAUUUGUCUCGGCGGCUGGCGGCACUGUCAGCGCAGAGGGCACCCUUGACAGAGCGUCUGUUGCAUUCCUGCUGGACCACAAGAUACAUGGGCAGACGGUGGUGCCCAGCUGUGCUUUGCUGGAACUGGCAGGAGCCAUGGGCCGAGUUUUGGCCGAUGACAGCGCAUCCCACCAGCUCGCUGUCACAGCAGCCUCCUUCAGCGCAGCCAUGAUCAGCGCCCCCGGUGGAGUCCUGCGCAGCGAGCUGCACCGCCACAGCGGCAGCGUCACAGUCAGCAGCCGCGCCGCCAGCGUGGCACCCAACGCUGAGCUGGUUGUCCACCUCAGCGGCCAGGUGGCAGCAAUCCAGGAAUCACCUGCCCCUGCAGGCCACCAGCCUGGCGCUUCAGCAGUGCGCCAUCGUGGCAUACUGGCUGCUCUCGACCUCAAAACCAUGGCGGCUGACCAGGGAGACUUGGAUGCGCGCGCGGCUGCAUGCACCGCGGAUUUGGCGCACAAGCCGAUGGCGCCAGACUCCGCCGGCUUCUGGAUGCAUCCAGCGGCGGCCGAGGCGGCCGCGGCGCUGCAGGCGUUUGUGCACCGUACGCUGCCGGCCGGCUGCCGCCGCUGCAUGCGCGCAGCCGCCUGCGGCGCGUAUCUGACCGGCAGCCGCCGGGCAGCUUCCCGGAAGCUGCGGGCUGUAGCUGCCGACCAGAACAGGCCCCGCCGCGGCCGCUCCGGGCGCUACGUCACAAGCAUGUCCCUGCAGAACAGCGGCAGCGAGAUAGCAGCCCACAUGGUGGAUGUUACAGCCUUGCUGGCAGUCAGUGUCACCAUGCCUCAUAAAUGUGUCUACCGCCCCACAGCCAAGAGCGAGUUUGUGGCCAGCUCAGCCGAGCACCUGGAGCUGCUGCUGUCCUGCAUGGACGUGGACCACACCUUUGCAGUGCACCCACCUGCAGAGUCAAAUGAAGCACCCGAGCCAGAUCAGCCACCAAUCAAUCCACCCAGCCAGCCACACCUCUACGCCAAUGGAGACACCCCUCACAGCAAUGGGAAUACCACAAAUUCAGAAGGGGGCAAUGCAGAGACAGAGGAGGAGGGAGAUCCAGAGAAGGAAGCCUGGAGAACCGCGACCAGAGCCAAGAAGAAAGCAUUCAUGCGCGCGAGCAUGCUGUGGGCGUUCAAGGCGCACCAGAGAGCCAAGCACCGCAGCGUCGUCCAAUGGGUCCACGAGAGCCUGCCCUCUGUGGCAGUGCUGGCACAUGCUGCUGGCACCCUGGGCUAUGACACCAUCGCUGAUGUGUCAGAUGACCAAUUCUGGAGCAUAUGCAAUGCCAAGGUACUUGGAGCAGAUGAAUUGUGCAGCACAAGCCUACCUGUCGGCAGCCGUCACUUCUUCUCCAGCACAGCCGCGGUGUGGAGCCAGCCAGGAGCAUGCCACUACGCUGCCGCCAACUCCUACCUCGACUCUCUUGCACACACAUGCAGAUCACAAGGCGUGCCCGCCACGUCAGUCAAUUUCGGCCCCUUUGGCGGAGUGGGCAUGGCGGCAGGCUACGCGGACAGCAUGCGCGCCAUCGGGUUACAUCCCCUGCCGCCCUCCGCCGCACACACCGCAUUCCAAGACGCCGGAUACGCCGAAAAAUCCGUGCACGCGCGCAUUGCAGCCUCGCAGUUCGCCAAGGUCAACACCGUUGGCGGCCACUGGAAGUUCCUGGACCAGCUUUCCCGCCUGCCUCAAGACACAACUGCCCUCUUGAGCGCAGCUUCACUCGACCUAGCCGCAUCGCAGCAGCCGGCUUUUGGCCAGUACGCAACCGCGGCGGAGAAAAAGGAGAUGUCAGCUACUGCAGCAGUCCAGUUCGAGGACCUGGUGCAAAUGGUGCGCAGCGCAGCGAGUGAGCUGCUUGGGGAAGACAUUGGCGUGGACGGCCACUUUGCAGCCGGGCACUUUGACUCGCUGGCGGCUGUCGAGCUGUCAAACUCUCUGGGCAAGGCCAUCGGCCGUGACCUGCCGGGUACCCUGGUCUUUGACUACCCCUCAGUCAGCGAUGCGGCGCAAUAUCUCCACGGCCUCGUGGCGCCAAAACAGGCGCCUCGGGGACUUGCUUCGAUCAAGACAGAUGAGGCGAUCACAGCGCUGUCGAUCCGGCCCCGAGAGCCGUCGCUGGCGGCAGGCGGCCUGCUACGGCUGUCGGUUGCGGCGCGCUUGCCAGAGCUGGCAACGGGAACUAAUGCCUUCGACGCGGAUGUCAUCAGUACUGCUCCAAACAGCAGGUGGGAUUUGGAGGGGCCGAGGCAGGGCAAGUCGGUGCUGCGCGCGCGUUUCGGCGGCUGGCUGCCCUCGGUAGACACCUUUGACGCAGGUUUCUUUGGCAUCUCUGUUCCCGAGGCGGAGCUCAUGGACGCGCAGCAGCGCAUGCUCCUGGAGGUCUCCUGGGAGGCCAUGCAACAGGAGGGGGGCGGGCCAAGUCUGCUGAGCGAAGCCACCGGCGUGUGGGUGGGCAUCCAGCAGAUGGAGUAUGGCAAUCUGGCGGCCGCCUACAUGCCUGCAAUGGGCGCAUUCACUGCCACGGGGACUCCCUUCAGCGUGGCUGCCGGCCGCAUCUCCUUCACCUAUGGCUUCAAGGGGCCGGCGGUGAGCAUUGACACCGCAUGCUCUUCUGCGCUGGUGGGCGCGCAUGCGGCCGCGCAGCAUCUGGGAAAGCACGGCGGGGCUGCGCUCUCAGCCGGAGUGAACCUCAUGCUUGCCGAGCACACCACAGCAGCCACCCAGAUUGCAGGGAUGCUCACAAUGGAUGGGCGCUGCAAGACGCUGGAUGCAACAGCGGACGGCUACGUGCGCGCAGAGACAUGCAUCGUGCUGCUGCUGCAGAGCAUGACAGGCACAGAAUCAGCCCACAGCCCAACAGAGUCCUCCGGCUCGGACGGCCGCUCCAGCAGCCUGACAGCGCCAAACGGGCCCUCGCAGCAGAGCGUCAUCCGCGGCGCGCUGACAGAGGCUGACCUGGCAGCGGAGGAUGUUACGGGCCUGGAGAUGCACGGCACCGGCACCUCCCUCGGCGACCCCAUCGAAAUCGGCGCUAUCAGCGCUGUGCUGUCAGACACGAGGACACCGCUGCGGCUGACGGCGGCGAAGUCGCGCAUGGGCCACGCGGAGCCGGCGGCCGGCACGGUAGGGAUCGCGCAGGCCGUGGCGAUGCUGACUCAGCAGCGAGUUACCCCGCUGACUCACCUGCGGCGCGUCAACCCCCUCAUCGUGGGAGCGUCGAAGGCCGCCGGCGGCCGCGCGCCGGCUCUGCCGCGGCAGCGCGCCCCGGCCGCCAUUGGCGUGUCUGAUCCUGGCACCUGGCAGGCAGUGCAGGGCGUGAGCUCGUUUGCCUUCCAGGGCACCAAUGCGCACGCUGUGCUGUGCCUGGAAGCUGGCAGCAGGCAAGAGAAUAGGAUGCGUCCGGUCUGCUGGAACAGGCAGAGGUUCUGGUACGCCGGCCCUGCACACCAGCUGCUGCAGACGGCUGCAGUGUCGGCUGUGCGGAGGGAGGCCACCUUCCACAUGUCCCUGGCGCGCAGUUGCCUCGGGUAUCUCCACGACCACCGCAUCCAAGGGCAGGUGCUUCUGCCGGGGGCGGCCAUGUUUGAGAUGUCAUGCGCCGCAGCCCGCUGCAUGAACUCCUCGGCCGUGCACACCCUGCUGCUCGGUGUCAGCAUCUCUGCACCCUGCAUCCUGGAGGACGUCUCUUCGGUUCCUACCAGCACACACAGGAUGCUCAGCUGCGCAGUCGCCUACUCAACCGGCAGAGUGGAGCCCGGAGGCUAUGCAGUGCAUCCAGCUGCGCUGGACAGCGCCACGCACACAGCAGCAGCCUUCUCUGGGAAGGACUCCUCAGACAAGGCUGUGACAAGGAUUCCGGUCGCGCUUGAGGCUUUCAAUGCGGCUGUGGGCGCUCCUCCCGGCUGGUGCACGGGCAGCCUGCAUGACCUGCUGCCUGACGGCACCGUGGUCACCGGCUUCUCGCUAUCUGACGCCACACGGCGGCCCAAUGCCUCCAUCAGCGGCUUCCAAGCCAAGGUGGUGCAUGGAAGAGGAGCUGCUCUGGCGCCAAAGACAGCAGAGGCUGUGCCCAGCACCUAUGACAUUGUCUGGCAAGUGGGAGAACCCGUUCAGCCAGAUCAGGCAACAGGUCCUCUCGAUAAUGCCCACCGCCUGCCCUGGCAAUCAGACGGCGGCGGCCAGUACCCGCGACGCAUGCGAAUCGGCCGCGUGCGGCCGUCAAGCGAACAAAGAGGAGUGUAUCCUGCACGAGAGGCGCUGCGCAGCGUGGCGUGGCUGCAGGCUGCUGUCAGGGGCAGCCAGCCGGGCAGCGCAAUCCGCCUGCGCACCCGCGGCGUCCUCAGCUUUCCCCAGCUGCAGGACUCACCAGGUCCGGUGGCGCGAGCGGCCGCUGCAGAUGUAGCGGCGGCAGGGGCAUGGGGGCUGCUGCGCAACGCGCUGCAGGAGUUCCCGGCGCUGCGAUGGGUGGGCUCCGAGGUCAGCGCGCCCGGCGUCAACGCCCCGGCUCUGCCGGUGGCUGCGGACGCAUUUGGCCUUGCGGCCGGCGGCGGCCACUGGUCCACCCCACGGAUGCUGCCCCAGUCCCCACCCCAACCAUCCACCCCAGAAGGUGUGCCGGUGAGUCUCAACGGAGGCAGCUGGGUGAUCACGGGGGGCAUGGGGGGCUUGGGCCUCCUCUUUGCUCGCUGGGCGGCUGCGAACGGCGCAGCACACCUGCACCUGGUGGAUAUUCAGGUGCCCGGCAGCCUGCCCGAGGCGCUCGUUGGGCAGGGCAGCGGGCAGGGCGCCGUCACCAUCAGCCGCAGCGAUAUCUGCCGUGCACAUGACGCAGCGCAGGCUGUGCUGAGCUGCUCUGGGGGGCCACACAGCGGCAUCAUCCAUGCUGCCGGCCUGCUGCAGGACCAGCUGCUGCUGAAGCAGACACCAGCAACCUUCCGGGGUGUGCUGGGCGCAAAGGUGUCCGGCCUCCUUGCCAUGGCCCCGCACCUGCAUGCGGCAGCCAUGCCCCACACGCUGCUGUUUUCUUCAGUCUCAUCCAUUGUGGCGCCCCUGGGACAGCCCAACUACGCGGCCGCCAACGCCAUGCUCAACGCAUGGGCCAAUGCGCAGAGCGCUCAGGGGCAAAGCGCGACGAGCCUGCAGUGGGGAGCGUGGGGCGGUACCGGGAUGGCGGUGGUGCACAACCUGCUGCCGCGCAUCGUCAAGUCGGGGCUGGGCGUUCUGCCGCCGGCCGCCGGCGUGGCCGCUCUGGCCGCCGUGCUGUGCGCGAGGGCGGCUCCGCCGGCGCAGGUUGUGGUGUCCCCCUUCGAGUGGCCCAAGCUCAUGGCCGGCGCCGACCGCGUCUUCCCGAUCUUCUCUGAGUACAGUGACCACUGGAAAGCGCCGGCAGCACGCGGCAGCGUCAAGAGGGCUCAUCCACCUGCACAAAUUGCACGAGCAGCGGCUGGCUCCGGCGGUGAGAGAGCCAGGCUGUCAGAGGUCACGGCUGGGGUGACCAGGCUGGUGCAGCGCAUGCUUGGCGCUGAUGUCAGCAUCGACCAGCCGUUGAUGGAGGCUGGUCUGGACUCUCUUGGAGCCGUGGAGCUGCGCACAUCCCUUGAGGCCGCCUUCGGCCUUGAGCUGCCGGCCACCGUCACCUUCGACUACCCCUCCAUCAGCGCCCUGGCCAAAUACAUCGCUGGGCAGCAAGCACAGGUUCAGCCGCGGCUUGCUCAGGGGACUCCAGCAGCAAGAGCGGCGCCGUCAGAGGCAAGCCUGAUCACCAAGAUCAGCGAAAUUGUGCAGCAGAUGCUAGGCAUUGCAGUGGACGCCAGUCAGCCGCUGAUGGAGGCAGGCCUUGACUCCCUGGGAGCAGUGGAUCUUCGCACCUCCCUGGGAGCCGCUUUUAACAUGGAGCUGCCGGCAACUGUCACCUUUGACCACCCCUCUAUCGCAGCGUUAGCCAAAUUCCUGGCCAGCCAAGUCACCCUCGACAAACCUCAGGGUGACGGUUUUGCGGAGCACAUGCAGUCAGUGGACGAGGGAGCUAUUCGCUCGCAAGUCAGCGCUGUGGUGGAAGGCAUGCUCGGAACGGCAGUGGCGCCAGACCAGCCGCUGAUGGAGGCUGGCCUGGACUCUCUUGGAGCCGUGGAGCUGCGCACAUCGCUCUGCGCGGCGUUCAGCCUCGACCUGCCCGCGACCGUCGUGUUUGACUACCCGACAGUUACCUCCCUGGCGUCCUUUAUUGCCUCACAGGUGGAUGUGCACCCUGCCUACAGCGGCAGCUUCACAGGGAUGGCACUCAGCACGACGAGGCAGGCGCAGGCUGACACCGCCACGGAGGUUGUCGGCGUGGCCGGCCGCUACCCGGGCGGCGGCGAGGGCGUGCCGGGAUUCUUCCAGAGCUUGGCAGGAGAAGAGGAUCUGCCGCGGACGGUGCCGCACCAGCGGUGGGACCUGGAGCAGUACUACAGCCCCGAGUUGCGCGGCGACCUCACCAUGUACACGCGCGCAGCCGCCUUCCUCGAAGGCCUCGACUUGUUUGAUGCGGGGCUCUUCAGGCUGUCGGCGGUGGAGGGGCAGGCGAUGGAUCCGCAGAACCGCAUCCUGCUGGAGCAGACGCAUCUCGCCCUCGCAGACGCGCACGCCAGCCUCGGGAGCCUCGCCGACACGCGCACCGGUGUCUACGUGGGCUGCAUGUACCAGGAGUUCACACAGCUGCAGUACAACCUGGGCUACAAGAUCAGCCCCGGCAUUGCCACUGGCAAUGGCAUCAGCUACCUCGUCGGCCGCCUGUCGUACACCUUUGGGCUGACUGGACCCUGCGUCAGCACUGACACUGCAUGCUCCUCAUCCCUUGUGGCCGCCCACCUCGCUCACAAGGGCUUGCUUGCUGGUGAGACGGUGGCGGGAGUCGCGGGGGGCGUGAACGCGAUGAUGCUACCGAUCACGACAUGCACUAUCUGCGGCCUGUCCGCGCUCUCGCCGGAGGCCCGCUGCAAGACAUUCGACUCCUCGGCCGACGGCUACGGCCGAGGCGAGGCCUUUGCCGUUGCAAUCCUGGCGCGGGCCUCAGAGGAGCACAGCCGUCGGUUUGCGGUGCUACUCGGUAGCGCAAUCAAUCAGGACGGCCGCUCAAGCAGCCUCACAGCGCCGAACGGCCCCUCGCAGACCUCCCUCAUUCGUGAGGUCAUCUCCGCUGCGGAGGUUUCUGCCGCGGCGGUGGCGUUUGUGGCGGUGCACGGCACAGGGACGCCCCUGGGCGACCCCAUUGAGGUCAGCGCGCUCGGCGCGGCGCUGGCCGGGGCGCGCGGCGAGCCGGCCCGGCCGGCUGCCAUGGGCAGCGUCAAGGCCUGCUACGGGCAUACGGAGGGCGCCGCCGGCGUGACAGGGAUUUUUAUGGCGGUGAAGGCGCUGGAGCAGAGGGCGCAUGCGGCCGUGCUCAAUUGCCGUAACCUCAACACCUACGUCUCAGCGGCUCUGUCUGACUGGGGCAAGCAGUGUGCGCUGGCAGCCAAGGUGCCCCGCCAGCUGUCACCGGCUGCUGCCGCUCAAACCGCCGCUGCCGGCACAAGCUCCUUUGGCAUGAGCGGGACCAAUGCGCACCUGCUGGUGUCUGUGCCUUUCACUCCCUCGGCAGCGCCUGCUGCCGCUGCAGUGUGGAACAGAGCCAGGUUGUGGCCUGCGCCGGUGCCAUACCAUGCUAUUACAGGGACGCGCCCAGCCCCGCGCGAGCGGAGGGUGGCCUUCAGUGCGGAUCUGCGCGCUCCGGCGCUGCAGCAUCUGUGGGACCACCGGGUGCAGGGGCAGGCGCUCGCUCCAGCCGCCAUGCUUCUGGAGAUGGCAACCUGCGCCGGCCGCCUGCUCACAGGCGACGGCGUGCACCAGUCAGGCACCCACGCACUAGUCAGCAGCACCAUCCCAGCGCCACUGCUGCUGUCACUGGCCGCUGCCGUGGGUGUGCAGUGCUCAGCCAGCCUCUCUGACGGCUCCCUAGAGCACAGCUCACUUGCUGCACUCCUGGCCAGCAGCUUGCCGGCAGCAAAGCAGCAGCAGCAGCACAUUGGAUCGAGCGCCACUCUGGCGGCCAACCCCGCGGUGCACGGGUCAGGCUACGUGGCACACCCAGCGCUGGUGGACGGCUGCCUCCACAUGGGCGCCAGGCUGGCAGACGCUCUGCAGCAGUCGCGGGCUGUGCCCCAGGCUUGGGUGCCUGUCGCCAUCGGAGCAUUCUGCCCCAUGCGCGAGCUUGCAACCGCCAACGGCGCCUGGGCCGGGGCCGAGAUCACCGGCAGGCUGCAGGACGGCUCUGCGCUGAGCAGCUACCGGCUUAGCGGCGGCUGCAGCGCGCCGGCUCUGCUCGACUUGGCCGACCUGCAGGCCAAGCCUGCGCGCAUGGCACCGGUGCAUCCGACCAAGACAGCGGCGGCUGAGCAUGAGCCGGGAAUGCUCUACAAGGUGCAGUGGCAAUGCAGCGAGCCGCUCGCAGGCAUGCAGUCCAGAGGCAAGCUGGGAAUCAAAAAGGCGCUGAGAAUAUCAGCUUCUCCAUCACGGCGCAUCAGUGCCGCCGGCAGCGUGGCCGCGUCAUGCCUGCGUGACGUGACUAACAUCCAGCGCGCGAUGACUCAGCCGCCGGCCGUUGCCUUUGACCUGGGCACCCGGGGAGUGCAGAGCCAGGAGAUCGCCGGAUCAGGGACAAGAAAUUUGAACAUCCUUGCAGAGGGAGCUGCCGCAUGGGGCUUGGUCCGAGUUGCUGCCAGCGAGCGCCCAGACAUCAAAUGGGCCGCCAGAGAUCUUGCUGCCUCAGCAACGAUUGGGCAGCAGGGCCGAGAGGGCGGGGACGCCUUCGGCACCAUCCUGGAUGCCGGCCUCGCAGCCACUCCCAGGAUAUUGGCCGAGGAGGAAGACACCUCUCUAGUGGCGCCUGUCUUGGCAGUUACUGGGCGCAUCGUGAUCACUGGUGGCCUUGGAGGCGUGGGUUCGCUGGUGGGUGCGUGGCUGGCGGGCCAGUCUCGCGGGGAGCUGUGCCUGGUCGGCCGCACAGGACGCACAGCAAUAUCCAAUGCCGCCUUCCUACCGCUGUCAGCGCUGGCAGACACAGCCUGCCUCACGCUGACGCGCGCUGAUGUCAGCUCCGCAGAGGAGACUGCCAGCUGUUUGCGCGGUGGCGUGCUCCAAGACGACCCAAUUGCAAAGCUGGCGCCUCAUAGCGUGCGGGCAGUCUUUGCACCCAAGGUGGACGCAGCUCUGAACCUGCAGCGCUCUUCCUGGGCAACCCCGCUGGCAGCACUGAAUGCCUUCUCCUCCGUUGCCUCCUUCAUUGGUUCUGCCGGCCAGGGCAACUACGCCGCUGCCAACUCCGUGCUGGAUGCGUGGGCCGGCAGCCUGCAGGCUGCUGGUGUCUCAGCCAGCAGCGUGCAGUGGGGCGCGUGGGCGUCGGUGGGCAUGGCGGCCAAGAGCCCGGCCGUGCUUGCGCGUAUACGCCGCUCCGGCAUGGGCGCCAUCGAGCCGGCCGCCGGCCUUGCCGCGCUGCACGCGAUACUCUCAAAGACGUCCACCUCAGCAGCUGUCAUCGCGAACCCCUUUCAGUGGAGCCGGCUGCUCGAGAAGGCCAGCCCGCUGCCGCCUGUGUUUGCCGAGCAUGCACCGGAGGCGGUUAGAGCGGCAGCAGCAGCGCCUGCCAAGAGGCAGCAGAGGGUGGCCGCCACGGUGGUUGUGCAGACCAGGGAUGCGCUGCUCGGCGAGAUCCAGAGCAUGGUGCACGGCAUGCUGGGCCCAGAGAUUCAACAGGACCAGCCUCUGAUGGAGGCUGGGCUGGACUCUCUGGGAGCCGUGGAUCUGCGCAAUGCACUCAAUGAGCGCUUUGGAGCGGAGCUGUCGGCCACCUUCAUGUUUGACUACCCCACCAUGGCCGCCAUGGCCGCCUACAUCCACUCAGUACUCGUGGAGCGGACAAGCGCUGAGCUGGACCAGGCGGCCGGUCCUGCCACAAAGGGCAGGCGCAGGAUGGCCGCUGUAGACAGCGCGGAUGUCUUUGCGGCUGUCAAUGCUGUGCUCGAGGGCAUUGCUGGAGUUGUGGGCCCCGAUCAGCCGCUGAUGGAGGCCGGGCUGGACUCGUUGGGUGCUGUGGAGCUGCGCAACGCACUGACUGAGCGCUUCAGCGUUGACCUGCCAGCCACAGUCACCUUUGACUACCCAACGCCGUCUGCGCUAGCCGGCUAUCUCACAGCGGCCCUGGCAGCCAGGGCCGAUUACGAUGACAUCAGCACUGACUCAGCCGCCGGCCAGCUGGCGCUGAUCAGCCCCCGGUCCUCCUUCUACUCGGCGCACUCGGAGGCCGCGCUCGCCGCCACAAAUACACAAUCCGCCUCGCUGAUUACAGGCGUCUCCUGCCGCUACCCUUCUCCGGCGCAGCACGGCGCUGACGGCUUCUCGCGCGCGAUGGAAUCCUGCGCGGAUCUGCCGACAGUGGUUCCUGCCGAGCGCUGGGACAUGGAUGCGCUCUACAGCCCGGAGGUUGCACCCGGGAAAAUGUACGCGCGGUUCGUAGCGACGGUGUCCGGGGUCGGGGAUUUUGACGGCGGCAUUUUCCGGAUAUCGCGCUCGGAGGCCCUCGCUACAGACCCCCAGGGCAGGAUUCUGCUGGAGGAGGUGUUUAGCGCGCUGCAGCACAGCGGGCCGGCCGGCGCGGCCGGCGCGGCCGGCACGGAGAUGGGCUUCUACGUGGGCUGCAUGUACCAGGAGUACACAGACGUGCUUGCCAAGUCCGGCGGCACGCUGUCGUCAUCCACCGCCACCGGCAACUCCCUCAGCUUCAUGGCUGGCAGGGUGUCAUACACGUUCGGGCUGACUGGACCCUGCGUCAGCACUGACACGGCCUGCUCGUCAUCCCUGGUGGCAGGCCACCUGGCGCAUAAGGGCCUGCUCAACCGCGAGGCCAGCAUGGCGGUCGCUGCCGGAGUCAACACCAUGCUGUCAUCACUGACAACUGUCGCGAUCUGCCAGCUGCAGGCGCUCUCUCCCGCCGGCCGCUGCCGCUCAUUCGAUGCAUCGGCAGACGGCUACGGCCGCGGAGAGGGCUUUGUGGUCUUUGUAAUGGCGCCAGAGCGCGACGCGCACACGGCGUUGCAGCCGAUUGCGGUGUUGCAAGGCAGCGCAGUGAACCAGGACGGCCGCUCCAGCAGCCUGACCGCCCCCAACGGGCCCUCCCAGAGCAAGCUCGUGGCAAAUGCGCUCGCCGCUGGCACUCCACUGGGAGACCCCAUCGAGGUGGGAGCGUUGGGUCAGGCGCUCUCUGCGCGCCGGGAUAGUCCGCUGGCAGGUGUCAGAGCCCCUGUCGCCAUCGCAUCUGUCAAGGCGUGCUUUGGCCACACCGAGGGCGCAGCCGGCCUGACAGGCGCUCUGCUGGCGGCGCAGAGCCUCAACAGAGUCUGCGCCCCGGCCGUCAUGCACCUUCGCACUCCCAACGCUUAUGUUGAGGCCGCGCUCGGGGAUUGGCGCAAGCAGCACCGCAUCUCCGCGCAGGUACCGCGCCAGCUGUCACCGGGGCAGGCGGGAGCGCUCGGCCAAGACGGAUGCGCGGCUGUGGCCGGGACCAGCUCUUUUGGCAUGAGCGGCAUCAACGCCCAUAUGCUGCUGUCAGCUGACCGUCAGACUGCCCAGGUGGCCGCACCCAUCCAGUGGCAGAGGUCGAGAGUCUGGCCGCUGCCGCAGCCCUUCCACCUCAUCAGCGCCGCAAGAGCCACCGGCACCAACACAGCAAUCUUCGCCCUCAGCUUCAGCGCCCCAGCUCUGGCAUUCCUGAGGGACUGCCAGGCCGGCACAGGCUUGACUACCGCCUGCGUGCUGCCGGCCACAGCGCUGUUUGAGAUCGCCGCCGCAUCCGUUCACAUGCUCCUGGAUGGCCAGCCAGCGCAGCCCAUCCAGCUGGCUGACUGUGCAGUCCAGUCAGCGCUAACGCUGCCUAAUCUGGCUGGCAGCACACAGGCCCCUCACCUCUGCACAGUGGAUGCAGCGACCGGUGCAGCGCGCAUCAGCAGUGGCGGGGCCAGCUUUUUCACAGCACAGGCCGCCAAGUGUGCUGUAGGACUGGCAACCAAUAAAGCCAGUGAGAGCUCAACAGGGGUGAUCAGAAGGCUGCUGCAGCAUGUGCCGACAGCUCAGCGCUUGUCAGCAGCGAAUGCAGUCGCAACAGUCUGCCACCCGCCUCUGCAGCCCACCUGUGGCUACCUGACUCACCCGGCAGCUACAGAGGCUGCCACACUGCUGCAGGCUGCUGUGGGCUCUGCCAGAGCCCCCCUCACAGCAGCGGUCUCCUGCCAGGCUUAUGUGGCAUCGUGCGCGCCCCAGCUGCCGCACGGUUUCAGCGUGUCUGCUGCCGUGGAUGGAGUGUUCCCUGCCAGCAAGCGGCUCAGCGCAGUAGACAUCUCCUGCCGCCAAGCAGAGGCGGCCACGCCGGCAGCGGCCUUCUCAGGGCUUGUCAUGGCUUCUAGGAAGCUGCAGGGCAGCAGUCGGGCAGCCGAUAGCCCAGCCAUGCGCCUGAUGUGGCAGCCAAUCGCGUCCGAGCCAGCAGUGCCAAUCCAACCGCUGCCGCAGAAGUGGCUCAUUCUCAGCAGCCAGCCAUGCGUGCUUCAGGACUUGUGCAGGGACGCAGAAGGAUCUGUUGUGGCACUGAAUAUUGUCUACAGCAAGGAAUCUGACAAGGAAGCUGCCAAGGGCACAGCUGACAUAGUGGUCACCUGCUAUGUGGAUCUGCAGCUGCUUAUGGCAAAGGCGCAGUCGGACCACUGCUUCCUGGUGCAGCAGCGGCCUGAUCAGGACGCGGGUGCUGAGGUGGCGGCUGAGUCACUGGCUGCGUCAGCUUCCAUGCUGUGGGCCUUCCGCACGUUCAGAAGGGCGCAGCCGCGCACCAAGCUCAGCCUUGUCACCUGGGGCACCCAGACUGUUGGCCCCUAUGAAGCCCACGCAAAGCCAGAAAGCCUGAUGGCCCUCGGCCUGGCCAGAACGCUCUUCAUGGAGGACAGGGCGCUGUUUGGCACCACCAUUGACCUUCAAAGUGGCGGCUGCCUGCCGAGCGCUGUGCAGCUGGGCCACAUGGCAUGCAGCAGCGGCGAGUUUGCGGUCUCUUUCAGGAGCGGCAGAGCAUUUGGGCUGCGUAUGGUGCCCAGCGCUGGCAUGAUGCCCCGGCCGCUGCCGAUGGAUGGAGCGUUCACCAGCAUCGUGUCUGGAGGCACCAAGGGCUUGGGCCUGGAGUAUGCUCGCCAGCUGGUGGCGGCGGGCUGCCGGUGCCUGGUGCUCACCUCCCGCUCUGGCACACUUCCACUCGAUGUGCUGCAGGAAUUCGCAUCGGCCGGCGUCACAGUCUUCACCGUCAGCGCCGACUCGGGCGACGCCAAGGAGUCCGCAGCCGCUCUGCGCUGGGCCCACGAGCACCUGCCGGCCGUGCAGCACUACGCGCAUGCAGCUGGGGUGUCCGGCUUUGCCAUGCUCGACAGCAUGAACGAAGCAGACUUCUGGGACGUCGCGAAACCAAAGGUGAUUGGUGCGGGGACAGCCAGCGCCAUGCAGCUGCCAGUGCAGUCACAGGUGCUCUUCUCAUCAACAUCCUCAGUCUGGAGCCAGUCCGGCGCUGGGCACUACGCGGCCGCAAACGCAUUCCUGGACGGCCUGGCCACACAGCGGCAGCAUGCCGGCCUGCCUGCAACCGCGGUGCAGUUUGGCCCCUUUGCCGAGACGGGCAUGGCCUCGGAACACGUGUGGGAGGCUGGGGUGGCGGCCGGAUCGGUCCCCCAGAUGGUGUAUGCGCGCAUCGACAUCCCACGCUUCACCAGCAUCUACUCUGCUAAGGGCCCCUGGGCGCUGCUGCGCUCACUCUCAGCCGUCGAUGCGCGGGCGGAUGGGCAGUUUGCGGCGGGCAGCUUUGACUCACUGUCGGCGGUGGAGCUGUCCAACGGCGUUGCCACGGCGCUCAACCUGCAGCUGCCGGGCACGCUCGUCUUCGACUACCCCUCAGUCAGCGCCAUGGCUGCCCAUGUGCACUCCCUCAUGGCCCCCGCCGGCGCCCUGGUGCCGGCACAUGUAACCGCGACCUCCCUGGUCACCUCACCCCUGGACGCCCACCCCUCGCAGCUGCUGGCCAAGGUGUCCAUUGCAACACGGCUGCCAGUGGGCAAUCAGGCAGCGGCAGCGCACUAUGGCACCGGCUGCGACGCCAUUACUCAUGUUUCGCAUGCGCGCUGGGACUUGGAGGCGCCGCGCAACGGCAAGAGCCAGCUGCGCGCCAGAUUUGGCGGCUUUCUGGCGGGCGUGGACCAAUUUGACGCCGCCCAAUUCGGCAUCACCAUCCCUGAAGCCGAGCUCAUGGACCCGCAGCAACGCCUCCUCCUGGAGGUGUCAUGGGAGCUGAUGCAGUCCGAGGUAACUCUGACUUCCAGCAGCGGCAAUGGUGCAGCGCCGGAGGUGGGCGUGUAUGUGGGCAUCCAGCAGAUGGAAUACGGGGGCAUGGCGGCCCCCUACCUCUCCAAGAUCGGCCCCUUCUCGGCCACGGGCGGCCCCUUCAGCGUCGCCGCCGGCCGCAUGUCCUUCAUCUACGGCCUCAAAGGGCCCGCGGUGAGCAUGGACACGGCGUGCUCAUCGGCGCUGGUGGGCGCGCAUCUGGGCAUGCAGCACCUGCGCACCCACCGCGGCUCCGUGCUGGCGGCGGGAGUCAACCUCAUGGUGGCCGAGACCACCACGGCGGCCGCGCAGGUGGCCGGCAUGCUCACGCUCGACGGCCGCUGCAAGACGCUCGACGCCGCCGCCGACGGCUACGUCAGGCGCGCACAUGCCCCCCAUGGGCGAGGCAUGCAUUGUGAUGCACCUUGCGGCGGCGUCUGUGGACGGGGAACCUAUGUGAACCAGGACGGCCGCUCCAGCAGCCUGACUGCCCCCAACGGCCCCUCCCAGCAGAGUGUUAUCCGUGGCGCCAUCAGCGCAGCUCACAUGUCUCCUGAGGCAAUUGGAACUCUGGAGAUGCAUGGCACAGGAACGCCCCUGGGCGACCCCAUCGAAGUUGGAGCUGCCUCAGCAGUGCUGCAAGGCGGGUCAGCCUCGGUGCGCAUGACGGCCACAAAGUCUCGGUUAGGGCAUGCGGAGCCGGCGGCCGGCGCUGUGGGCGUCUCAAACCUCAUCACCAUGCUCGGGCAGGCCACCACCCACGCUAUCAGCAGCCUGCGCCAGGUAAACCCGCAUGUCAGCAGGAUCCUGCAGACACAGGAGCAGCUGGGCGAGCGGCCGCGCUUCAUCCCCCGCCAGCACGGCCCAGGCGUGCAGCCCGGCAGGGGCAGCGCCGAAUACUCUGCCGCGGCCGGUGUGAGCGCUUUUGCCUUCCAGGGCACCAACGCCCACGCUGUGCUGAGCCGCUCAUCAGGCGCUCUGGCAACCCCUGUGACCAGGAGGCCGCUCUGGCAGCGCCGUCGGCUGUGGUACUCUCCAGUGGAGCCGCACAUGCUACUGGCGCGCUGCAUAGCAACACCAGUAGAGGCGCGCAUGGAGGCAACGUUGUCUCACACGGCGCUCUGCUAUCUGUGGGAUCACCGUGUAGCGGGCCGCGCGCUCUUCCCGGCAGCAGCCAUGCUGGAAGCGGCUGCAGCUGCCACCGCUGCGAUGCUUUCGGCCGCGCCCGGCGCUCUGUUGGGGCUGGCUGCUCUGACAGAUGCCAGCAUCCCCGCUCCCCUCGUGCUGCCCAGUGCAAUGGAGCAGACCAGGACAGCUGUUUGCUUGGGAGUCACAGUGCUCGCCAGAUCUGGCACUCUCGAGGUCGCGUCAGCUUCCGGAGGCCGCCAGGUUCAUCUCAAAGCCGCAGCCACCUGCAUGCUAGUGUCAGAUGCAGCAGCUGUGCUUGCUCCCUCUCAGCAAGUCCUUUCUGCCAUUAUCAGCGGAGCUCUCAGCGGAGUGCACAAGAGGCAUAGCACUGCUGCAGUGGCAGUUGCCAGCAUGGCGCAGAACGUGCGCCAGCCGGGCGGGCAGUACCUAAUCCACCCGGCCGUCAUUGACAAUUGCACCCAGGCCGGAGCGGCGCACGCAUUGCCGGGAGACGCGCCGGCCGUCACGCGGGUGCCGGCCGGCCUGCGCGCCUGCGCCAUUCGCGGGCGGCUGGCGUCCGCGCAAACCUUCGCGUCCGCCGCGGUCAUGGGUCUGUUGGCGGACGGCACAGCCGUCAGCGACUACUGUCUGGUCCCUGCGGCUGAGGGCAGCUCGGCCAUGGCGAUCUCUGGGAUGCUAUUCAAGCCGGUCUCGCGCGGCAAGGGCGAGGCGCCUCCUGUGCCGGCGCCAGCAAUCAGCAAAGUUUCAGCGCAGGAUGCAAUGUACGAGUUGUGCUGGGCUGUCACAGCGCCGGGGGCUGCGCCACCUUUACUGCCAGCUCAGCACCGGCCGGUGCUGACCUGGACAGCCAUGUCAGCCGGCGGCGUAAAGACAGCAACUGCCAGGCUUGCUAUAGGCGAGAGCAGCUCUGCGCUGGCCGGCAGCCUGCGCUUCAUCCAAGCAAAUGCAGCUGCUGCAUCUGCAAAGGCAGCCAGCGUGCAGCUGCACACCUCAGCUCCGCAGCUGGAUGUCCUGCGCAGCUGCGCCGGUGUCUCCCAGCAAUGGAGCAGGGCGGCUGAGACUGAAGCCGGUGCCAGCGGGCUGCUGCGCGUGGCUGCACAGGAGAUUUCCGGCACAUCCUGGCAGCACUACGCAGGCAGCUCUGCCGCUUCAGACGCGCACGUGCAGCCAGCGGAUGCAUUCGGCGUGUGCAGCAGCCGCAAUCUCAGCCUGGCCCCGCGCCUCCAGCCCUCACAAGCAGCUGGCUCAGCACAUGGACUCCUGGGCCAUCAAAUCCAACUUAUCGGUGAAUCGAUCAUUGUGACAGGCGGUCUUGGGGACAUCGGAUCUCUCUCUGGAACAUGGGCAGCAGAGGCUUCACAGGGAGCUCACAUCUUCCUCAUCGGCAGAUCGGGGCGAGCCGCUCAGAUGUUGCCGCAAGCUCUGCUGUCUGGUACAGCGGCUGUGCAUGUUGUUCGCUGCGAUGCAGCGCAAUCCUGUGAGGUGGAUGCACUCUUGCAGGCUGUGCGCUGUGGUGGGCCGCCGCUGCGCUCUGUCAUGCAUGCCGGCGGUGUGCUGCAAGACGCUAUGCUGCCAAAGCAGAGCGCCCAAGGCAUGCGCGCCGCGGCAGCUCCCAAGCUUGUGGCGGCCCAGAGGCUGGCGCAUGCGUCCAGCGGCGAGCCCGUCCAAGCAUGCACCCUGUACUCCUCGCUCUCGGCGCUGCUCGGCACGGCUGGGCAGGCAAACUACGCAGCAGCAAACGCCCAGCUCAACACGUGGGCAGAGCUGCAGCAGUGCUCGGGCAUUGCCGCAAGCAGCAUCAUGUGGGGCCCAUGGGCGACCGGCAUGGCCGCCAACGAUGCGCGCUUGAACGCUCGCUUCUCUAAGGCAGGACUCACAACCAUCACGCCAGGCCUAGGCCUGCGUCUGCUCUCGGCUGCGAUGGCGUCUGGGCUCAGCCAGCUUGUGGCAGCACCCGUCAUGUGGGACAGGCUGCUCAAGUCUGGCGCACCGCCCAUCUUUGAGGCGUUCGCUCCUGCAGCCUUGCCGCCGCCAGCACCAAUCGAGGUGACCUCCAGAGCGCCUCAAGGGGGAUCCGAAGCCUCCAUGCAAGCAAGGGCCCUCCAGGAGGUCAAAGAAGCCGUUGCUGCCAUGUUGGGCACCAGCAUUCCUGACGACCAGCCGCUACUGGAGGCUGGUGUGGACUCCCUUGGAGCUGUGGAGCUGCGCAACAAACUGGAAACCAACUUGGCCACCGAGCUGCCAGCCACUGUCACCUUUGACUACCCCACCACAUCCGCACUGGCGUCAUUCCUGGCAACACGCAUGUCUCCUGCGCAGCCAAACCAGGCUGCAGAUGCGCCAACAAGCGCACACGCGAGGUCCCAAGAUUCUGUGGAGCGGGAUAUUCAGGAAAUCCUUCGUGCCAUGCUGGGCGCUGACAUCCAGCCCGAUCAGCUGCUGAUGGAGGCCGGAGUCGACUCCCUGGCAGCAGUGGAACUCAGCAACAGUGUCAGCGCACACUUUGGUCUUGACGUCCCUGCCACCCUCACCUUCGACUACCCCACCAUCUCGGCCAUGGCCGCCUUCUUGGCGCCCCAGACCGGCCAUGCGCAGCGCGGCGUUGCCUCCGUGGACCUGCACAGCAGCAUGUUGGUCGCCAGUGACAAUCGCGGCGCCGGCCGCCAUGUUGCAGACAUGUCUUCCAUUGUCGGCGUGGUCUGCAGAUACCCUGGAGGGGAUGGGUCAACAUCGGGGGCUGCAGGGUUCUGGGGCACGAUGAUGGGCGAGGGAGAUGUGCAGCGCGUGGUGCCGGCCGCGCGCUGGGACAUGGAUGCCGUCUACAGCCCAGACAUCCUCCCCGGCAAAAUGUCCAUCAAUGUCAGGUUUGGGGGCUUCUGCGCGGAUGUCGACAGGUUUGAUGCUGCGCUUUUCCGCAUGUCACCUGCGGAGGCGGCGGCCACGGACCCGCAGCAGCGAAUUUUGCUGGAGGAGACGGCCUCGGCGCUGCACCACGCGUGCGCCACCCUGGACGCUGACGUCAGCUCAUUCACAGGCGUCUACAUCGGCUGCAUGUACCACGAGUACAUAGACGUCCAGGUGGCGGCUGGCGCGAAGCUACCGCCCCAGGCGUUCAUUGGCAACGGGCCGCCCUACAUGGUCGGCCGCCUGUCCUAUGCAUUCGGGCUGACUGGACCCUGCGUCAGCACCGACACCGCUUGCUCAUCGUCUCUGGUGGCCGCCCAUUUGGCGCACCGGGCUCUGCUCAACGGCGAGUCGGCUGCGGCCGUGGCAGGCGGCAUCAACAUAAUGCUGCUUGGUGGGACCACAGCCGGCAUCUGCCAGCUCCAGGCGUUGUCGACUGUGGGACGCUGCAGAUCCUUUGAUGCAUCUGGAGAUGGCUAUGGCCGCGGCGAAGGCUUUGCUGUGGCGGUGCUCUGCCCCACAGACUCCGCAGCUCCCUACACUCCGAUGGGUGUCCUGUGCGGAUCAGCUGUGAACCAGGACGGCCGCUCGAGUGGGCUGACAGCGCCCAACGGGCCCUCACAGAGCGCACUCAUCCGCACAGCGCUGGCUUCUGGCAGUGUCGAUCCCAUGCGCGUCCACACAGUGUCGGUGCACGGCACGGGAACGCCUCUGGGCGACCCCAUUGAAGUUGGCGCGCUCGGCCAGGGCGUGUCCGGUCCCCUGGCGCGGCCGCUGACCAUGCUGUCCAACAAAUCCUGCUUUGGGCAUACCGAGGGCGCUGCAGGUCUCACCGGCCUGCUAUUAGCAGCCAUGACUCUGCACAGCGGCGCCUCGGCGCCAGUCAAGCACCUGCGCACGAUCAACCCCUACGUGGCUGCGGCUCUGUCGGACUGGCGCCGUCACUGCGGCCUGCGCGCCUGCGUGCCCCUCCAGCCCGGCCCGGCCGUCGCCGCAGCAAGCGCGGAAGAGGGCUCGGCGGUAGCCGGCACGAGUUCCUUUGGCAUGAGCGGCGUCAAUGCUCACGCGCUUGUGGCCCCAGGGGCCUUUGCACAGCCGGCUUUAAUUGCUUCUGAUAAGGACUUGGUAUUCAGCCGCAGCAGCCACUGGUGUUCACCGCCCGUGCAUCCCUUGCUGCGGGGGGUUGUACAUGGCCAUUCAGCCAGAUCGUUGGUGCUGCAGUGCAACCUGCAGGCAGCUGUGCUUUCCUAUUUGCAUGAUCACCAGGUGUUUGGGCAGGCCCUAAUACCAGGUGCCGCCAUGCUGGAAGCUGCGCUGUCAGCUGCGCACCUGCUGGCACAUGGCUCAAGCCUUGGCGAUCUGUCUCCAGCGCUCCUGGGUGUCAGCAUUCCAGCGCCCCUGAUGCUGUCUGCAUCCAAGCCAGCCACGAUGGAAUGCGUGCUCUCACUGUCGGCCAGCGCAGCAUCGGUCUCAGUGCACAGCAAUCACAAACCUGGCCAGGCGUCUGCUGCGCACCUUCAAGGCCUCCUAGCCGGUCUGUUAGGACCCAGCCAGGCAGGACAAGACUUGAGCAGAAGCGUCCUGCGCAAAAUACUGGUCAGCACAGCAGCAGCACAAGGUGCAAGCCAGAGUCCAAGCCCGCAGCAGGCAGCAGCAGCGCAUGGUGAGCUCGCCCAGAAGAGAAGCAAUGACAGCUACAAUGUGCACCCCGCCACCCUGGACGCCUCCCUCCACCUUGGCGCCCUGCUGGCAGCCACAGACACUAUCAAGUCUAGCGAGCAGCCCACAGCCGGCACAGUGACAGUGCGGGUGCCGUCCGCGCUUGCAGCCUUCUGGACUCCCGGCGGCGUCGGACAGGUCCAGUCAUGGGCGACGGCAGGGGACGUCUCACUGCAGCCGGAUGACUCAGCGCUGAGCAGCUACUGGCUGGCUUUCCCCGGCGGCCGCGCCGGCGGCGCAAGCAUGCAGCAGCUGCUAGCCAAGCCGAUGACUGGCGCGCCCAGAGCAGCACCCAAGACCGUUGCGCGGGAGCGGACUGAGAUGCUGUACACGCUGCACUGGAAGGCGGCAGAAGCCACUCCUGCCGGGGCCGCCCCCUUUCCUCUGGCACGCCACCGCAGACACGUCCUCUCCUGGCGCACCAUUGGAAGGCCCGCAGCAAACAUGUCAGCGGAUUCUCUCCUGCUGGGAAGUGAGAGUGGCAGCGGUGUUGGAGGAAUGAAUUCUGCCGGCCUAGCACGCAUACAACAGGUGCUGGCUGGGCGCACUGGUGAGGCAGCAGGGCUGCAGCUCAGCACUCUGGGUGUCAUCAGCGCUGGGCCUGGAAAGCCGGGCCGCCUCAGCAGCGCCACUGCGGCUGCGGGAGCCUCCGGCCUGCUCAGAACGGCGGCACAGGAGUACCCUGCCAUGAUGUGGCAGGCACAUGCCAGCGACGCACUCGCCAGCAGGCAGUCUGCAGCUGCUGCGGGCACAGAUGCCUUUGGCGUACGCUUGACAGAUGGCGUCACCUUCCUGCCGCAAAUGCUGCCUUCUGAGCCUCGCACCGCAGCAAAUGACUCCGCACCAGUCAUGGGUCAUUCUGGCAGCGUAGUCAUAUCCGGCGGCCUGGGAGACAUUGGCGCGAUGCUGGGGGUGUGGGCAGGCCAGGAUCCCGGGCUGCAUGUGCACCUUCUGGGCCGCAGCGGCCACGUGCAGCCGGCGCUGACAGCAAAAAUUGCCGCCAUGCCCCUCGUGACCAUCUCUCGCUGCGAUGUGGGAAUGCGCGAGGAAACACGCUCGCUCGAUGUGCAGGGACCCCUGCGCCAGAUCUGGCACGCCGGGGGAAUUUUGCAGGACGGCACCCUGCCGAAACAGACGGCGGCCAUGAUGCGCGCUGCAGCCGCCCCGAAGCUUCCCGGGGUGUUGAACCUGAUGGCCACGGUGCAAGGCUCGCCGCUGGAGAACGUGGCGCUGUUCUCAUCAACGGCUGCGCUGCUGGGUCCGGCCGGCCAAGGCAAUUAUGCGGCCGCCAACGCUCAGCUCAAUGCAUGGGCACAGCACGCACAAGCCACAGGGGUGGAGAGCGUGAGUGUCAUGUGGGGUGCGUGGGCGACGGGCAUGGCUGCGGCGGAUGCAGCCAUCCUGCAGCGCUUUGAGCGGCUGGGCAUGGGAUCCAUCAAGCCAGCAGCGGGCCUUGCGGCCCUCUCAGCAGCCCUGUCAGCGCCCAUGCCAGAUGCUCAGGCAAGUGGCAACAUCUCACAAAUUCUGGGGGAACCACGAGUUGUUGCCAACCCCUUCAUCUGGAACCGCUUGAACAGGCCAGGGCAGCCAGUGCCAUUCUUGUUUGAUGAGUUCAAACCUGCAGAGCAAAAAGCAGUGGCAGAGAUGCAGCCGGUGGCAUCAGCAGCCAAGCUGCAGGCAACCACAGGCCCAGCCAUCUCCCCAGCAGAUGCUCUGCGUGACCUGAUGGACAUUGUAAAGGGCAUGCUGGGACCGCAGGCAAUGCCAGACCAGCCUCUGAUGGAGGCUGGGUUGGACUCUUUGGGAGCAGUGGAGCUGCGCAACAGCAUCCAGUCCCGCUUCGGCCUGGAGCUGCCAGCAACUGUCACUUUUGACUACCCCACUGCUGCCAACCUGUCCACCUACAUUGCAAGCCAGAAGGCGCCGCCAUCUGCACCUGCAACAGGACCACAACCUGUGCGCGCUUUCAACAUCAGCCCAGCAGACAUUCAGGGCAUAGUGGAGGGUAUCCUGGGCGCAGCUGUGGCAGCAGACCAGCCCAUCAUGGAGGCCGGUCUGGACUCCUUGGGAGCUGUGGAGCUGCGCAACACCAUUGCCACAAAGUUUGGCAUUGAGGAUUUGCCAGCAACGCUCGUGUUCGACUAUCCAACUGCCAAUGCUCUGGCCGGCCACCUGGCCUCCGUGCAAGGGCCAGCCGCUGCCGCGUCAGAACUCGCAACGGUGCCCAAGAGCUUCCCAGAAUUGGUGCAGAGGCGGGACGCUGCGUGGCAGUCACGCGCAUCAGAGGUCAUCGGCAUUUCCUGCCGCUACCCCGGAGCUGGCACAGGAUUUAAUGGUUUCUGGGCGAAUGCGGCGGCUGGGGCGGAUCUGCCGAGGCCGGUCCCGGCGGAUCGCUGGGACAUCGAGCGAGCGUAUUCACCGGACGCCACGUCAUCCGCCAUGACGAUGUACGCGCGCUGCGCCGCAUUCUGCAACGGCGUUGCCCUCUUCGACUCGGCUGCCUUCCGGCUUCCGCGCAACGAAGCGGUGGCGCUCGACCCGCAACAGCGGCUGCUCAUGGAGGAGGUCGGCUCUGCGCUCGCGCAUGCGGCCAGCGCCACCAAGCAGCCAUACACGGAUGUCAUGGUGGCGGCUGCCGGGAAGCUGCCGCCCCAGGCAGUGGUGGGCUCCGGCCUCAGCUUCAUGGUGGGGCGCCUGUCGUACACCUUCGGCCUGACCGGCCCCUGCAUCAGCACCGACACCGCCUGCUCCUCUUCCCUCGUCUCCACCCACCUGGCACACAAGAGCCUGCUAUUGGAGGACAACGAUGCAGCAGUGGCGGCUGGGGUGAGUCUGAUGCUUCUGGCCGGCACCACAGCCGCCAUCUGCCAGCUGCAGGCGCUGUCGCCCGUUGGCCGCUGUCAGACGUUCGAUGCAGCCGCCGACGGCUACGGCCGCGGCGAGGGCUGCGCAGUGGCCGUCCUGCGCGACUUCUCAAGGGAUGCGUCAGACUCUGUGCAAGUGCUCAUCAGGGGCUCCGCUGUCAACCAGGACGGCCGGUCAAGCGGGCUGACGGCGCCCAACGGCCCCUCACAGAGUGCUCUGAUCAGGGCAGCCCUCAAGUCCAGCCGAGCAGCCCCCACAGAGGUGGGCCUGGUCAGCAUCCACGGCACAGGAACGCCCCUGGGCGACCCCAUCGAGGUCGGCGCGCUCGGCCAGGGAUUCGGCGCGGCCGGCGUCAGAGCGGACGGCCCCAUGGCCCUGCUCUCAAACAAAUCCUGCUAUGGUCACACUGAAGGAACUGCAGGUCUGACUGGCAUGCUGCUGGCGAGCGCGGCGCUGCGGGAAGGCAUGGCGGCCCCUGUGAUGCACCUGCGCAACGUCAACCCCCACGUGGCCGCCGCCCUCAAGGACUGGGGCCGCCACGGCGGCCAUGCAGCCGCUGUUCCCCGGCAACUCUCAGGUGCUCUGCAAGGGGGCUUCAACACGAGCCAGCUGGCAGGCACGAGCUCCUUUGGCAUGAGCGGAGUCAACGCGCACAUGCUGCUCGCCUCGCCAGCUGUCACCGGCCACCUGCCUGGCCAGCCAGGAGCAAGCUUGCCCUGGGAGCGAGCCCGCUUCUAUCCGCUGCCCAGGGCGCACCUUCUGGUGCAGGGCUUCCUUCGACCUGGCGCAGACUCUGCCACUGCCAGCUUCAGCUUCUUGCUGGGUCCCCAGACGGCGACCCUUGCGCAGAACCUGGUGUGUGGCCAGCAGCUCAUGCCGGCUUCCGCGCUGCUGGAAGCUGCUGCCGCCGCCAUGUGCACGCUGGACGAGCAGCUGGCAUGUGCCUCCAUGGCGCGAGUGGUGCUGCCUGAACAGGUGCCGCUGCCAGCUUUGCCAGCUUCUGCCGCCUUCACGUGCACCUUCACCACGGCAGCGGAGGUCACUGUGCGGGCGCACGGUGACCGCAAGAAGCCAAGUGGUGGCUUGCUCCUGCAAGCUCAGCCCUUUGCAGCUACACAGAAAUCCCAGGGCCCAGUCAAGCUUGCAGCGCCCACGUCGGCACUGGCAGACAUCACAUGCUUCGCUUUGAAUUCAGCAUCAGAGACCGCAGAGGACUCUGCGAAGGCAAGCAGCAUCGCUGUGGGAGACGCGCAUGGCGUGUCCUGCGACGGCUACCUCUGCAUGCCGGGAGUCAGCGCCUCAGCGCUUGACCUGCUCACAAACGGCAGCAGCGGCCCUCAGCAGAUGCUGGCGCCCACAGUGCUGCGCUCUGCAGACGCGUUUACUGUGACGGCUCUGUCAAUCAGGGACAGCAGGGCUUGGGUGGUUGCCAGGACAGGUCAGCGCGCCAGUGCAGGCGGUGCAGGUAUCACAGGAGGCUCGGGUGAGCUGUCGGCAUGCUUUGAGGCGGUCAGCUUCCAGGUAGCGAAGCGUGCAAAGCAGGAUGCCAUGGAGGCGGCUGCUGGACUUGUGUACGAGGUGGAGUGGCAGACUGCGUCUCCUGUCCAGCAUGGCAGCUUGACAUCAUCAGGUGUCAAGCCCACACAGCUGCAGCUUGGAGGCUUCACUGUGCGAAGCAGGAAGGCGCCUCUGCAGGGCACAUCACUGGCUGCAACAGCCGCCGAAGCAUCUGCAGCGCUGCUGCGUGGGACAGCGGGGCUGGGUUUGCUGACAGCGUCCUACAUGCUGUCAUCCGGGGCGGCUCCUCUGAUCCUGCUCGGGCGCUCCGGCCGGUGCGCGAACUCAGCCGACAUGCGCCUCCUGGCCGACGCCGGCAACGCCGCAUGCGUCACGCUGCUCCGCGCCGACGUCUGCGGCCGCUCUGAGGCCGGCGACGCCGUUGCCGCUUCGCGCAACAGCCCUGUGGAGGCGCGCCUGCUGAAGCAGACACCGGGCACGCUGCGGGCGGUAAUCGCGCCCAAGAUAGGCGCGAUGCAGAACAUCGGGGCGGCAGCCGCGGCGGCGGCCGUGUCGCAGGCACUGAUGUUCUCGUCGGUGUCCUCGCUGGCCGGCUUCUCGGGCCACGCCAAUUACUGCGCCGCCAACGCCGCUGUAGACGCGCUCGCCGGUCACGACGCCGCACGUGGCCUGCCCAGCCUGGCCGUCCAGUGGGGCGCCUGGGCCGCUGUCGGCAUGGCAGCGGACAAGCAUGCGGUGAGCGCAGCACAGGCUGAAUCGCUGGGGAUGCUGUCUCCGGCGGCUGGAGUUGCAGCAAUGGAGGGGCUUCUGCGCGGCGCCACGUUUGGCGUACGCGGCGCGGCCGCCCCCGGCUACUGGCGCCUGCUGUUGCAGGGUGUCAAGCAGAAGCCUGCCAUGUUCGCUGUUGUCUUGGACUCUGCAGAUGAGGAGGGUGACAAGGCAGAAGUGCCAGAGGCAAAGGCGAAGCAGGUAACCAAGAAGGGCAUGCCAUCCUUGGCAGAGCUGGAAGCCACCAUCCUCUCUCUGGUGCACGACCUGAUCGGUCCCGAUGUGACCCCUGACGCGCCCCUCUCCAGCCAAGGACUCGACUCCUUGGCUGCCAUGGAGCUCAGACAAAAGCUUCAGGAUCGCCUUGGCCUGGAGUUGACGGCGCUGAUCGAGGACCCCGGGAACGCCUCAGUGCGGCGCCUGGCUCAGGAAGCACGCAACAAGCUGGCGGCCGGAGAGGGCGGCAGCGGCGGCGCCGCAGCCGCGCAGGAGCGCUCGCUAUGGAUCUCGCCGACGCCUGUCUCGAUCAAGAUGCGGCUGUUCUGCCUGCCCUACGCCGGCGGCGUCUCUGAGAAUGUCUUUGCAAGGUGGGCAAUGAUGCUGCCACCCAGCGUCCAGGUGUGCCCUGUAGAGAUACCUGGAAGGGGCCGCAGAGAGGGAGAGCCCUCCAUCAACGAGAUCUCUGAGCUGGCCAACAUCCUCGCGCAUGCUCUACCCCUGCAGGACAAGCCGUACGCGCUAUUUGGCACCUGCCUUGGGGCAAUAACAGCGUAUGAGAUUGCGCGGGUGGUGGAGCGUGAGAAGCUGGCGCCCAUGCCCGUGGCGCUGUACGCGGCUGCCGUGUCGCCGCCGCACCUGUAUGCGUUUGCUGUCAUGAAGCUCUACAUGACUCGCCAGCUUGCGGCAGAUGAGCCGCCGCCCUUUGAGGAAGUCAUGGACAAGCUGCGCGGCUGGGACAAGCUGCCAAAGGAGACCCUCAUGCUGGUUUUUGAGAAGGGCAACUUUGCCGGCCUUGAGGAGAUGAAGAAGAGCGAGCGGCUGUUCAACAAGGUGGCGCCCAUGGGUGUCAACGACAUCAUGAUGGCCGUGCAGUACCGCCACACGCCGCUGCCGCCCCUGCCUCUUCCCAUCACCUCCUUUGAUGGCCUCGCAGAUGGCACCAUCGACCGCGGCAACAUGGAGCAGUGGGCUCAGUACACCAGCGGCAAAUUUAUUAAUGUGCCCAUCCAAGGAGAUCACUACUUUGUGUCCUCCCGCUACCGCGAGGUGACCAAGGUGAUCGCCACGGAUCUGUUGGACUUCAUGGACAAGGCCGGCGCUGGAGGCAUUCUCGGAGAGGGCCACUCCUGGGUGGGCCCCGCGCAACCAGCGCUGCCAGAUCCUCAGGAUGUCAUCGAGGAGAUAGGCGGCGAGACUGCAGGGCACACCGAUAUUGAUCCAGCAGAGCUGGAGGGAGAGAUUCGGGACAUGGUGUCCGGCUAUGUGGGCGCGGAUGUGGACGUCAGCAUGCCGCUGGCUGCCCAGGGUCUGGACUCCCUGGCCGCCAUGGAGCUCCGCCAGAAGCUGCAGGAUCGGCUGGGAGUGAUACUGACAGUCUUGAUUGAGGAUCCUGAGGGUGCCACCAUCGCGCGGCUGGUGGCCGAGGCCGUCUCCGCAACGGGCGGCGCGGAUGGCGCGGCGCGGUCGUCCGGAUCGCGGGGUUCCCUCUGGAUCUCCCCGUCGCCCGUGACUGUGAAGCUGCGGCUGUUUUGCCUGCCGUACGCUGGCGGCGUCUCUGAGAACGUCUUUGCAAGGUGGGCCAUGAUGAUGCCUCCCAGCAUUCAAGUAUGCCCCAUCGAGAUACCUGGCAGGGGUCGCAGAGAGGGAGAGCCCUCCAUCAACGAGAUCUCCGAGCUGGCCACAGCGCUGGCGCAUGCCCUGCCUCUGCAGGGCAAGCCGUACGCGCUGUUUGGAACAUGCCUGGGCGCGAUCACAGCCUAUGAGGUGGCACGUGUGGUGGAGCGAGAGAAGAACGCGCCAAUGCCAGUUGCCCUCUUUGCCGCAGCAGUGUCGCCGCCGCACCUGUAUGCGUUUGCUGUCAUGAAGCUCUACAUGACUCGCCAGCUGGCGGCGGAUGAGCCGCCGCCCUUUGAGGAAGUCAUGGACAAGCUGCGCGGCUGGGACAAGCUGCCAAAGGAGACCCUCAUGCUGGUUUUUGAGAAGGGCAACUUUGCCGGUCUGGAGGAGAUGAAGAAGAGCGAGCGGCUGUUCAACAAGGUGGCGCCCAUGGGUGUCAACGACAUCAUGAUGGCCGUGCAGUACCGCCACACACCGCUGCCGCCCCUGCCUCUUCCCAUCACCUCCUUUGACGGCCUCGCAGACGGCACCAUCGACCGCGGCAACAUGGAGCAGUGGGCCCAGUACACCAGCGGCCGCUUCACGAAUGUGCCCAUCCAGGGAGACCACUACUUUGUGUCCUCACGCUACCGCGAGGUACAUCAUCUUUGCGCAUUCCUCUUGUGCAAAUAA